AUGAGAAGCAAAUCAAAGUCGGCGCGAACCGAAACAGGCCUACCGGCGUGGCAGCUGCCUCCGGGGUCAACAGAGACCCUGAGCCACCUCAGCAGAAGCCUCUUCCUCAAGGCAGAGGCGCGCCUGGACUCCCUUGCGCCCUUGCCAGAGCCGGGAAGCGCGGGUUUUGCGCCCCCCUCGGGCUGCGCCUUUGGCGAGGUCCGACCUGGCCAGUCCCUCGGUGCGCCCCGGCCUCCAGGCUUCUUCUGCAGUGGAACGGGUCCUGCGCCGCCCCCAAAGCUCCUGACAACCUCCCUCCCCCCCGGCGGCGAGGGGUCCUGCCCCGCAGCGAAGCUUCCCGGGUGCGCUCGGGCGCGCGGCACCGAAGCGCUCUGCGUGGCUCGGCCGCCGGCCGCCUGUGCCGAGGCUGCCCGGGCGCGCGGGGCGGCGCCGGUUGGAGCUGCCGGCGUUGCCGCGCGCGGUGUGGGCGGCGGCGGCGGCGGCGAGGCUGGGCCGGGCCCGGGAGCGCGCAAAGCAGCCUUGGCAGCGCGGCCACUGGGAGCGCCGUUGCUGGGAUUCCCGGUCGGGCGUCCCGGCGGCGCUGCAGCCGCGCUCGCUCGCGCGCUCCCGGGCGCCGGGAUCCGGGGCGGAGGAGGAGGAGGAGAAGGAGGAGCCGCCGCGGGGCGGGCAGCCGGCGAGCGCCAGGCCCGGCCUGCCUGCCUGGCUGGCUGCUGCUGCUGCUGCCUGGGCGCUGGCGGCGGCGGCGGCGUCUGCUCCCGGCUGCGCGGCGCCUGGUGUCCGGCUGGCGGUCCGGGCGGCGGGCGCGGCUGCUGGGUGCGCUGCGUCUGCUGCUCCUCCUGGCCGGCGCGAAGAUGGCCGCUCCGCCGCUGGCCGCCAAGGCCGGCUCGGGCGCCGCGCCUGGCCCGGGCCGGGCUCCCUCCUCGGCGUCGUCGGGCGGCUCGUCGCUGUCCGCCGCCGCCGCGGCCGCCGCCUUCCCGGAGCUGGACUUCCGCUCGGGCGCCCGCGUCGAGGAGCUCAACCGGCUCAUCCAGGAGUUCACGCGCCACGACCAGCGCGAGUACGACGACCAGCGCGCGCUCGAGAUCCACACCGCCAAGGACUUCAUCUUCUCCAUGCUGGGUAAGGAGGAGAAGCAGGAGGCGGCGGCGGGUGGCGAGGCAGCGCCGCGCUCCCCUUCCCCGGCUGCCGGGACCAGUUGCUGCGCGCCGCUUCCCGGAGGCUCCCGCGGGCGGAGGGGCGGCCAAGCCCCCAGACGGGCGCGGCUUCGGGGGCGCCGGGCUGCCCUUCUUCGCCUGGGAGCGUCGGGGAGGUGGCGAUGGUCCUUCGGGGCGGACAGCGGGGCUGGAGCCCCGUUUCAGGUUAAUGGAAAUAGGGUGGGGGGAGAGGAAAAGGGCAAAGACCCCGACUUGUGUGUGGGGGGAGUUCUGGGCGUGAUCCUGCCCCCCUCCGUAUGAGGCUAGGCCUGGGGGCUUGCAGGGAGUCUGGCACCUGUCGCACUGGCGGCUCUUGCCUGCAGCCCCUGAAUCGGAAUUACGCCCCCCACGUUUCCAAUAGAGCAUGCUCCCAGAAGCCAGGACGCCCCCCUGCUCACCAGUCCUCCUCCCUCCCUCCCAAAGCCGUGGGUAGCUUGGCAGAGGGGGGGGGGGACACCGCUGGGCAAAGCAUCGUGCGCCUCCCGGCUCCUGGUCCAGCUGCGGAGGAAGGGCAGCCCUUGAAGGCAGGCCGGGGGACGGAGCCGGGGGUCCCUCUUUGCCACGGGAGAGGAAGCAGGAGCGAGCGGGGAAAGCAGCCUCCCUCCCCGGCAGCCCCACUUUCCCUCCGCUGAUUAUUUCCGAGAACCCGCCCCGUUCACCUCGGCAGCGAGGCCAGGGCUGUGGCUCCCCCCCCCGCCCCCAGCUCGUCAGCUGAGACAAAGGGCAGAGAGGGAGGGGGGCGCCUCACUCCCGCCGGUGCGCAAGAACAGCGCUCCCACCCUGGGCAAACGGGGAGCCUUCAGGCCAUGGGUGCUUUCCACCCAGCUCAGCUGGCGGGAUUGUGUGGGGAAGGGAGGAAGGGGGAGGGGGAGAGCCCCACCUCCUUUCGUAAUUAUGAAGUCUGAAAUGUAUUGGAAUGGACAUAAAUCACUGCUGGAGCGUGUUGCAGGCCGAGCAGUGAGUCAAGGCGAGUCCCCUGGGAUCGCCCUCCUCUCCCUGUUAGCGCUGCGUGGAACUGUAAGAUUUAAUCCUGGCUGGAGCAAAAGACCACUUCCUUGGUUUUGCUUUUGAAGAGGGCUUUGCAAAGCCAGGUAACUAAGCCCUGCUCCUCUGGCCUAAGGUGGCUGUUGCAUUGACACGGCGUUUGGUCCUAGCUCUCAGCUGUGGUUCCGUGAUGGAGCUGCAGGUUCAGCAGGUGCCCCCUUUCCCCUCCUCUGGCCUGGCCAUCAGGAGGAGGUUGGAAGCUUUCCUUUCCGUCCCUGUUCUUCAUUAACUGCCCUCUAGCAUCGCGUCCAAACUACACAAACUUCAGGUUAUUCAAAGGAACAAAGGUCACAGUGAGGCUGAGUUCCUCUACACAAACAUCCAUUUCUCACUCUGCAAACGUGGAAGGAUAUAUUCAGCAACUUUUGGAAACACGCAAGGUUUAACUUUUUUUUUGAGGGGGUGGUCUUCCCUUUCAAACAAAAUGACCACGGGUUGGGCCAGUCUUUAUUUUCAGCCAGUAAAUGAGGCUAACCACCCUUUUCCUCCAGAAAUGUUCCUGAGAGUGGAGCUAAGCUUCUAGUCACCUUAUGUCUGUGCCAGAGGAGUGCCAUGGGUGGGGGUCGGUGGGCACAAGCUAAAAUGGACAGGGGGAGAGUCUGAGGCUCAGGCACAUCACGCUGAACCGUAGUUUAGUAUAGCACCUGGACCCAGCCUUUUGAGCCGCAAAGCCCCAGAACAGCCACGAGCUUUGCAGUCCCAGGGAAGCCUAGUGUGGUCUGCUAUGGGGCCUUUGUGAAGACUUGAUAGGAUUAGUGAUCUCUUGGUGAUGAUCCUGUUGCUAAGGUGCUCAUAGGACGCUUGUUUGCUGCUUCCUGUCUUUAUGUUAUUUUUUAAAUAAUAAUUUUUAUUGAGUUUUCCAUAUUCAAUUACAUUUCAUUACACAGAUCUAUAACAUAAAGCAUUGCUCCAACAAGAGCAUUGACUUCCCUCCCUCCCUCUUUCAGACUUCCCAACAUCUUUUAGCAAUGCUUCCUGUCUUUCUGGCCUUGCUAGGCUCCAAGUUACAGGUGCCAAGCAGUUAAAGGUAACGGGACCCCUGACCAUUAGGUCCAGUCGUGACCAACUCUGGGGUUGUGGCGCUCAUCUCGCUUUAUUGGCCGAGGGAGCUGGCGUACAGCUUCCAGUCAUGUGGCCAGCAUGACUAAGCCGCUUCUGGUGAACCAGAGCAGCACAUGGAAACGCCGUUUACCUUCCCGCCGGAGCGGUACCUAUUUAUCUACUUGCACUUUGACGUGCUUUCAAACUGCUAGGUUGGCAGGAGCAGGGACCGAGCAACGGGAGCUCAGCCCGUCGUGGGGAUUCGAACCACCGACCUUUUGAUCAGCAAGUCCUAGGCUCUGUGGUUUAACCCACAGCGCCACCCGUUCCCUGUUAAUUUCUGGUGUGGAGGCCCCAGACCGUUUCCCUUCUGUCACUGAUCUCAUUCCUGCCCUGGCUUGGCUCCUGCUGCCAGUACUGGGGGAGGAACUGCCCUACGUAUAGCACAGGGCCUUUGAUCAGGAAGCAGGUGCGCCUGGCUGCAGAGGGUACUUCCUGCCACCCUCACUCCGACUUGGCACUGGCCAGCUCCUGACGAUGACCCCUUUCAUUCCAGCUUGGCUGUAACUGGCUGGCUGGGCAGUGAGCUAGUAGCCUGUCCGCAAGGCUGCGUCAAAGGGUUUCUGUCGCUCUGGGGUGGGAGUGCUUGAAUUCCUCCCCAAGCCUUAGAAGCCAAUCAAACCUUGGGGAUGUUUUUGGAGCCCCGGCUGCCUCCCCCUGGCCCUUAGCAGAUUCAGUGAAGGACUAGGCAGCCACACUAAAUCCAGUGUUGUGGGGCAGACCCCCAAGUACUGCUCCUUUCAGCACUGCUUGAUAGCACGAGAAGCCCCUGAGCAUGCAGAAGGAGUGGCCCACAUUUUCACGAUUUAUUCAGAAACACUUAUAUACUGCUUAGUAUUAAAAAAUAAUAAUCUCUUAAGUCAUGACUUCUUAUAACACUCUGGCCUGUGUCUGGGUGAACUGGGGGCAGCAGGGACCAGUCAGAAAUGGCUUCUGUGGGGAAGGUUUCCAUGUUUAACUGUGAUUUUCUGUGAGGAGUGACUACCUCAGCGAAGUGGUUCACAGGUGCGGACUUUGUCAGCUUCACUAGUAAGCUGGUAAAACUGGGAGCCCCUCUCCAGGGGUGUCCGUGUGACGUGCCGAGGAGAGACCAUCUGGCUCGAAGGUCCACAAGCUUCAUUGCUUGUUUGCCAGCAUGUGAGAAGCAAGAGGCCUGAGAGCGGUUUAGGGCAGGGUCUCACGCCCCUUCAAGGCAUCUCAGGUUUGGGGGUGCCUCUGGGUAUCCUGCUGCUCCCUAGAUGCCCAGAUGGCUGUGGGGGCCCGAGGCUCCUUCUCUCACUGCACCAGCUCUCCUGGUGCAGGAUCGGCCCUUUGCCACUCGUGCCCUGGCAAUAUCUGCAUAACCUGCCUCCUGCAACAGGACUGCCUUUGGAAAUGCUUUGGGGACAGGCAUGUGGUCCAGAAUUCAACCGCAAGAGCUGUGCUCAGCACGUGAAGCAUUACUACUCUGAUAUCGGAUCAACUUGGCUCCAGUUUCGGGACUGGUUCAAAGGGCUGUUACUUAAAGCCCGAAAUAUCUGAAGGGUGGUAGGACGCUAUGCAAGGCAGGGCCUUCUCAGUAGCGGCACCGAGAUGGCGCAGCUUCUUGCCAAGGGACGUCUGUCUGUCUUCCUUGCUGAUGGGUUUGAGCCAACAAGUUAAAAUGUUUCCAUUGGGUCUUUGAGGAGGUGGACAGAUAGAAAUGAAAGGACUGGAAGCUGUUUUAAGAUGCAGCUGUCUCUGCACAGCUUGGCUAAAGGUCAUUUCCUGUGGCAGUUGUAGCAAAUGGAACUUCCAACCCUGCUCAGGUGAACUUGCCUGUCAUUCAGAAGCUAAGAACGUGCCCUGCGGGGGCACAAAUUCUCUAGCAACAGUAGACGGGCUGGAUGUUUCUGCCGCACCUUUGCUGGAGGGUUGAGGAACUGUUUGCAAAGGCUGGGCGUGUUCCCCGUAAUCUUUACGUGACUCUUCUUGUCCUGGCUAGACUUGCUCCAGGAGGAAACCGCCAUGGGUUGCUGGAGAAGCCUAUGUUAGCAACUCUCUUCUUUAAAGGAAGACCCGCUUGAUAGAGAACUUAGCUGGCGAGUGCCCGCAGGAUUAGAACCUUAUUGGGGCAACUGAACUGGCUCCCUCAGAGGAACCCCUAGGAUUGCAGCAGUACAAAUAGGAACCCCUUCGAAAGUAAAACCCUAAGGGAGCAACCCCCUCCCCCAAAGGACCCACCUGAACUGAGCAUGCUCAGUGGCUGCAGAACGCUGAGCUUCUGCUUGGGAGGGGGAGAGAAGCAUGAGGGAAACAGAAGGGAGCAAGAGAACAGCAAAUCUUCUGAAUGCUGGUUGCUGGAAUCUGCAAGAGGGGAGAGUGUUAUUGCGCUCAGAUCCUGCUUACUGGUUUCUGGCUGUGAGACAAGGGGUCCUGGCCUAGAUGGGCCCCCUCUGGCCUGAUCCUGCAGGCAGACUCUUCUAAUGUUCUCAGGAUGCCUGGCCAGCCGGCUCCCUAAACAGGAGCUCUCCGUUGGCUGCCUUUCCCACCUGAAAUCUAAUAUUCCCCAAAUCAUGCCUUUACAAAAAGGUCUAGGCAUGUGCUUGGCAAUGGCACAUAAUUAUAUAUCUACAAAUGGUAACUAGGAUACCGUUCAUGGUGGUUCUCUGUCUCUCUCUCUCUCCUCCCCACCCCCACCACCACCACCACCCCGCCCUGCGGAAAAGCCUGACAGGAUUCUGCAUGAGCUCACACUCAAAGGAAAGAGCCGUUCCGUACAGUAGGCACAGUGUUAAUGAACUUGAAGCACUUCCUUUUUGCAAUCCAGUUGUGCGUCUUUCUCAUCACCAGCUUCCUCCUCCUCUCUCUCUAAAUGCUGGAGCUCAGAAAAGGGAAAGUUCCACAAGGAAGGGUAAGAGUUAUUAGAAGCAGCCUUGUAAGAUGAGUAACCGAAGCUGCGUCCUGGGCCCCCGGUGCCCAAAGGAGAUUUCGGAGAGACUCCCAAGGGAUUCCUAGGAGGGUCCCUUAUGUCUCUUGGGAAUCCACCCCCCUCUGGCCUCUCCUUUCAUCAGCGACCCCAAAGGUGUCUCCCUUUCUGGUUGGUGGUACAGUGGGGUGUGCGCUUUACGGGGGCUCUCGUCAGAGGUGGUGGCGGCUGGAUGAGCCUGGAGGAAAGAGCUUAUGGAAGUGACCUAGUUAUUGUGUUAUCUUAUCGCAGAUAAUCUCUCUCCGCCCCCCCCCCCCGCCAUGGUGUCUCUGCUCUGCCUUCACAAUUGGAGGCAGAAGCGCUCCCAAGUACCAGUUGCUAGAAAUCUCAGGAAAGGAGAGUUGCUCUUGUGCUUGAAUUCUGCUUGCUUGUUUCCCAUCGGGGGCAUCUGGGUGACCCCUGGGAGACGGGCCGUGGGUCAGAUCCAGCAGGUGGUUCUUGUUAUGCCAUGGAAGACAAAGCUGUUAUUCGUGGAAGAGAAGGCUGCCAAUGGCCUUGGCUCUGCUCUGCUGGAGGCAACAAGGCUUUUCCUGAGUGCCACUUGCUGGGAGACGCAGGAGGGCAAAGUUUGGGUCCCGCUUGCAGGUUUCCCAUAAUAAGCACCUGUGGGAGCAGGAUGCUGGGUUGGUCCAGCUGGAUUGGCCUGAUCCAGCAGCGCUCUUCUGGUUUUCUUAGAGAGCAUAUGGAUUGCCAAAUAGUGGCGACGGGGGAGAAACUAUCUGGCUGCUUCCCAUAGUUCCAAAGUCAGGAUUUUCACCGGGAAAUCCUUCCCGGAUCAAAUGCUCACCCUUUGUGUCUGAUCCAGAGUCCUCUUUAAAAGGAGGAAGUGUCAAGUGGUCCAGUAGCGAUAUUGUUCUUCGUUCUGUAUUGGGGACCAGAAACUCCGCUCCACAGAGGUGCUAGCUAGGGGGUUGCGAUGAGCUUUGCGCUGCAACAGUUUUCUGACCUGUGGAACAUCUGGCUGCAGAUAAGAGUGUUUGUGCUGCUUGUAGUGGGGGUUAUUGCUCGAUAGCUGGCUGAGAGUGAGCAAACCAUAUCAAGGACGCUCUCUCUCUCUCUCUCUCUCUUUCCAGUCAAGCAGGGUAUAACUUUCAUGAAAUAAUUUUUCGCUCUAUAAGACGCACCAGACCACAAGAUGCACCUAGUUUUUGGAGGAGGAAAACAAAAAAUAUAUAUAUUCUGAUUCUCAGAAGUCAGAAUAACAAGAGGGAUCACUGCACAGCGAAAGCAGCGAUCCCUCUUGCUGUUCUGGCUUCUGGGAUAGCUGCGCAGCCUGCAUUCGCUCCAUAAGACGCACAAACAUUUCCCCUUACUUUUUAGGAGGGAAAAAGUGAGUCUUAUAGAGUAAAAAAUACGGUAAUUAAAAUAAAAUCAAUGAAGCAUUUGUUCUCCCUCAUCCCUAUUGCUGUCACUUCUGCAGCUGCUCAUCAAUUCAUAGUUUUAUUUAUUUAAAUGUUUGUAAGCACAUAAGAGGAGCUGGCUGGAUCAGGCCAAUGUUCCUGGAGAGCCAGGAGCUCACAGCUCUUUAGAUAUACCCUGGUCUCUCCCAGGCCCCAUCCCCAAUUCCUCACUGGUGCACAGGGAGAAAGGGGGCAGUUCAGGUACGGGCUCCACCUAUGAUUUGCGGUUCGUGUUUAGGUUACUCUGCAAAAUCUGAAAACUUCCCCACGAGCCUGAAAUGAGUCGAAAGGGUCUCUAGCGCACAACAGAGACCCUGGGAUUCCGAUGUGCUUUGCCUCUGAGUAAGGGAUUGUGGAAUUUGGGACGCGGGUGGCGCUGUGGGUUAAACCACAGAGCCUAGGACUUGCCAAUCAGAAGGUCGGCAGUUCGAAUCCCUGCGACGGGGUGAGCUCCCGUUGCUCGGUCCCUGCUCCUGCCAACCUAGCAGUUUGAAAGCAUGUCAAAGUGCACGUAGGUAAAUAGGUACCGCUCCUGCGAGUAGGUAAACGGCGUUUCCAUGCGCUGCUCUGGUUUGCCAGAAGCGGCUUAGUCAUGCUGGCCACAUGACCCGGAAGCUGUACGCCGGCUCCCUCAGCCAAUAAAACGAGAUGAGUGCCGCAACCCCAGAGUCGGCCACGACUGGACCUAAUGGUCAGGGGUCCCUUUACCUUUAAGGGAUUGUGGAAACAUGGACGGCAAGUCACUUGCGUGCACGAUGGAGUUCCCCCAUGCACCAUGGUGAGGAAAACACCUUGCCAGUAGCAAGCCAGACGCUUCUGAAUCUCGCCGUGUGUCAACAAGCCUUUGGUCUCGUACCUCGAUUGUUACGGCAGACUCUGUUUGGCCUGUCUGCUGGUGAAGUCGUGAUUUUAAUCCUUUGCGACGUGCCCCUUCUGGGUGUCUCAGCGCAUCGCUCUAAUCUCCAUCAGUGUGACAGGGACCCGAGCCAUGGGGGGGGUGUCCUGGGGGGGUCUGGCACCCAGAGACGGAUGGCGUGGUACUUCUUUGGACCGUCUCUGCUGCCCCCUGAUGAAUGGAGCUGGGCAGCUUGGCCUGGCACACUGCUGGGUCUUGUGCUCUUUCCAGCAGGCAAAGGUGGCAGGAGGGAGCUAUGUGCCAGCCAGACAAUAAAUCAAUGUUUUGCUGGGGGGCGGCGCAGCCCCUGUUGCCACAGGUUUCCCUGUGGAUUAUGCAGCGCUUGAGCAAGUAGACUAGAAACUGAGCAAUUGCCGCAUCUUUCGCCGUGAUUCCUGCAUGGCCGGGGGUCCGGCUGGAUGACCCCUGGGGUCCCUAAUGAUGCUGCAGUGCAGUUCUGUAGAUCUACGCCUUGUGCAUUGAGUCCCCCCCCCCCGUGCUCAUUGCAUGACAAGCGGCGCAUGUGAGCUCUUGCAGGUAGGAUCGCACUUCCGGUGCUUCUCAAAGGGAGGUCUGCAUUUCAGCUCUACCUCUCCUUUAAAUCAGAACCGGUGAAGGUGGUGAAGGUCCUGUGGGAGUGUCUGGAGGUGGUUGGAGGAUGGAUGGCAGCUAACAGAUUGAGGUUGAAUCCUGACAAGACAGAAGUACUGUUUUUGGGGGACAGGGGGCAGGCGGGUGUGGAGGACUCCCUGGUCCUGAAUGGGGUAACUGUGCCCCUGAAGGACCAGGUGCGCAGCCUGGGAGUCAUUGUGGACUCACAGCUGUCCAUGGAGGUGCAGGUUAAUUCUGUGUCCGGGGCAGCUGUCUCCCAGCUCCAUCUGGUGUGCUGGAUGAGACCCUGCCUGCCUAUAGACUGUCUCGCUAGAGUGGCGCAUGCUCUGGUUAUCUCCCGCUUGGACUACUGCCAUGCGCGUUACGUGGGGCUACCUUUGAAGGUGACCCGGAAACUGCAAUUAAUCCAGAAUGCGGCAGCUAGACUGAUGACUGGGAGUGGCCGCCAAGACCACAUAACACUGGUCCUGAGAGAUCUGCAUUGGCUCCCAGUACAUUUCCAAGCACAAUUCAAAGUGUUGGUGCUGACCUUUCAAGCCCUAAACGGCCUCAGUCCAAUAUAUCUAAAGGAGCAUCUCUACCCCCAUCGUUCUACCCGGACACUGAGGUCCAGCUCUGAGGACCUUCUGGCGGUUCCCUCAUUGCGAGAAGCCAAGUUACAGGAAACCAGGCAGAGGACCAUCUUGGUGGUGGCGCCUGCCCUCUGGGAUGCCCUCCCGUCAGAUGUCAAGGGAAUAAGCAGCUAUCCUAUUUUUAAAAGACAUCUGAAGGCAGCCCUGUUUAGUAAAGUUUUUAAUAUUUAAUGCUGCAUUGCUUUUAGCACUCGAUUGGGAGCCGCCCAGAGUGGCUUGGGAAACUCAGCCAGAUGGGCAGGGUAUAAAUAAUAAAUGAUAAUAAUUAUUAUUGUGUGGUGUUGCAAUGCGCUUGAAUGUGUGAAGUGGCCCUCUGAGAAAAUAAGAGAGUCGCAGAGUUGGGAGGGAUCCCUGAGGGACAACUAGCUCAACCCCCUGCAAGGCAGGAGUCACAGCGAAAGAAUCCCUGACAGGUGGCCUCUGCUUUGAAGCCUCCAGUGCAGGGGAGAGUCCACCGCCUUCUGAGGGCGUCUAAGAGAGACCAGAGGAGGUUUAUGGGACCCUUGCAUGGAUUCACCCUAUGCCUCCAGCAGAAUUCUCUCCCUCGCUCCUUCUUCCUUUGGACCCAGGUCCACUGGGGAGGUGCUGGCCCUGGAGAAAUCCCCGGGGCCACCCUGACUGGGUUCCAGAAAGGCACAUUUUGGUUCUCAGCAACUUAAAUAUUUCCCCUGUUCUGCGCUUAAACAAUCCUGGCUUUUUAAAGUGUUUUUGUGUGUGCGUCUGUACUUGCCCACAGGGAUUGGGAGGGAAACUGCUGUGAUUUGUCUCUUGUCCAAAGGAGCCUGGGGUACAGUCCCUGUUUGUCUCCCCAGGGCUUUUGUUGGGAGUGUGCUGAGACAGUACAAGGCUGUCCUUGGCAGUUAGCUAAUGUUCUUUGCUCGCUGGCCUUGUCUAGCCACGUGGCAGCGUCUGGCUGAUUGACGGGGAUUUAUCCCCCCCCCCCGAUUGGAGGCCAAGAAUCUCUUGCACAGAGCUGACUGUUUCUUAAACUUGGGCCUGAAGGUGCUGCACAUGGAUAGCUCUUGGGUCUUUGGUUAAAGCCCCAUUUCUUCCCGUUCUAUGGAUGGGUAAGUUGAGGCACAGACAACUCUUCUUCCCGUAAAACCCACCUCUGCAUCUUAUGGUGACCACCUAACUGGGAACUAAGGUUGGAAUUCGCAGCACUGGGUUCAGUGUUAGGUGUUUCUUAUUUGGGUAGGGCGGCAGUUUUGGUGUACUUUGGUCGGUAGAAGCUUAGUAACCAGUUCAGCCGUGGCGCAUCUGGAAACACGUAAAUGAUUAUUCAAAGUGCAAUGCUAGUUUGCGUAUGCCAUGUCACAAUGUCAGGGUGCAGCGAUGCCUUGGUGCAAGGUGACACAAUCUUCUAGUCAGAUAAGGUUACCGCACAUGCAGGAAAAUUGAGCAUAGGCCAGUGGUGUGGACUGGGGUGGGUGGAGAGGAAUUCAAGGAAACCAUGGCAGAUUAUUAUUUUCUAAUAUGAUUCAGAACCUUAUAAGCUCCAGAUUAAGAACCCCUGCAUGAUCUGACAUGCCAGUCCCGCCUUUAAGCUGUGAUACAGAGGUUUUGCAGCUCUCUGCGUUGUCUGAAACUCUGCAAACUGCUGAAGAACCCCUUACAGAAGUGUCUUUCUCCAUAGUGAACGCUCUUCAGUCUCAGGAUGAGCAAGGCAUGUACUGGCUCUUUAGAUCAAAGGUUGUCAAGGUGAGGGUCUCCUCACCAACAAUGCCCAUUUCAGAGACUGGAGUUGCUUUGCCACUUUGACGUUGACAUUCGUGGAAGAGGGCCUACAGAGGACUACUAGACAUGAUGGCUGCGCUCAGCCUCCAGUCGGAGGCAGCAAUCCUUCAUAAAAUUAUAGAGUUGCGCAAAUGGAAGGGACCCUGAGGGUCAUCUAGUCCACCCCCCUGCAAUGCAGGACUCUCAGCUGGAGCAUCCAAGACAGAUGGCCAACUAACCUCUUCUUAAAAGUCUUCAAGGAAGGAGAGUCUGCCACCUUCUAAGGAAGCCCGCUCCACUGUUGAACUGCUCUCGCUGUUAGAAAGUUCUUCCUGAUGUUUAGUCGGAAUCUCCUUUCUUGUAAGUUGAAGCCAUGGGUUCGAGUCCUACCCUCCAGAGCAGGAGAAAACAAGCUUGCUCCCUCUUCCAUGUGACAGCUCUUGAGAUAUUUGAUGAUGGCUCUCACAUCUCCUGUCAAUUGCGUCUUCUUCAGGCUAAACAUACCCACCUCCUUCAAGUGCUCCUCGUAAGGUUUAGUUUCCAGACCCUUGAUCAUCUUGGUUUGCCCUCCUCUGCACAUCUUCCAGCUUGUCGACAUCCUUCUUAAAUUGUGGCGCCCAGAACUGGCAGAAUAGUGCUUCAGAGUACGAGUUGCUGGAAGCCACAGGAGGAGAGAGGGCUCUUGGGCUCGGAUCCUGCACGAUGGUUUCCCAUUGAGGCAUCUGCAUGGCCACUGUGAGACCAGGAUAGUGGACUAGCAGGCUCUCCUGAUGGUUUUAUGUUCUCUGUCUGGCACAGGAAUGUUGCUAAUCUAAUCUCUCCUUCAUCCAGACCUGCAUAGUUCCUGAAGAGUCUGGAAUUUGCAGAUGUGGCAUGAUGCAUUUGGGCUGUGGCCAGCGAGUACACCCCAAUAUCAGGGUUUGGGGAGCUUCUCUUGUUUUUAGGAGGUUUUGUUUUAGUCCAGGGGGGCAGGCAGACCCCCUUGGUGUGUGGUUCGGUCUGGUGUGUCAGGCUGGGUCUUCCAGCUGUGUCCUGUUCCGUUCUUCCCAACAGCACUCUAAUCUCUGACAAAGUGGCGAACAGAUUAAGCCCUGGAGACACUUGAGUUCAAGGGCCUCUGGAUUGGCAGUUUGGGGGUGGCUGGGGCAGGCGGGGAGGAGGGGGCUGGAGUGGAGCAAGCCUUUUCUGUAACUGAGCUGCAGUCACAGAGUAAACACGACCUGCAUUUCCAUUCAGGAUUUUGUUCUCUCUCGCAUAUGGAAGGAAAGGCAGCCAGCUCAGCUCAGCGACUCUUUCUCGGUUUGGCAGGGGGAAAGACCAGGCGUGCCAGGCUGAUACAGGAGCAGGCGCCACUGAGCCGCAAGGGGAGCGAUGACAGCUCCCUAGGAGGGCCUGGGCUCUGCGGGUCGACUGUCUGGCUCCUGUCUCUGCUCCAGAGAUGAUGGAGAAGCAUCCCUAGGAAGGACCCUGGCUGGACAUCCAGGAGGGCCGUGGCUCAGAAGCGGAAAUGGUGCCGGGUCAAUCGCUGCUCUGAUUUUGUGAGCGUACAGGGCGGAAAGUUGCCCUCCACCCUGGCUUUAAGAACAAAAGGACUGCGGUUUGCGAAGGGGGCUGAGAAUUGCAGUUCUGUGAGUGGUGAACUACUCCUCACAGGAUUUCUUGUGGGGAUCCGUGACUAGAUGAGCCUUGAGGUCCCUUCCAACUCUGCCAGGGACUCUUGUCUCAUGUCCUCAUGUCUACUAUCAGGCUUGUUUUCUCUGCUCCACUGAUAAUAAUAAUAAUUUUUUAUUUAUACCUCGCCCUUCCCGGUUCAGAAAACCAGGCUCAGGGCGGCUAACAACAGAUUUAAAACACCUAAUUGAUGCAACAAAAAAACAGCAUAAAAUCCAGUAUAAAACGUGAAUAAUAAAUAAAUAAAUAAAUAAAUAAAAAUUCAGAAUUCAAAAAUCAAUUUGGGGGGAAAUCCAUCCAAUAAACAUUAGAUGAUCACCAGGGAUAGCUGGCUAAAUUAGUCCUACUUGGGCCAGAGAGGAGACCAGGGGAGAAUUAGCUGCGGGAUCCCAGAGCGGGUAAUCUUCAUAAAACGGGGAGAGGGAGGGAAGGAUGGGGAAUAAAAGAUCAGGCUGAGUUCAAAUUAAAGGCCAGGCGGAAUAGCUCUGUCUUACAGGCCCUGCAAAAGGAAGUGAAAUCCUGCAGGACCCUGGUCUCAUGGGACAACAAGAAGAAGAGUUUGGAUUUGAUACUCCCUUUAAGGAGUCUCAAAGCGGCUAACAUUCUCCUUUCCCUUCCUCCCCCACAACAAACACUCUGUGAGGUGAGUGGGGCUGAGAGACUUCAGAGAAGUGUGACUGGCCCAAGGUCACCCAGCAGCUGCAUGUGGAGGAGCAGGGAUUCGAACCCGGUUCCCCAGAUUACGAGACUACUGCUCUUAACCACUACACCACACUGGCUCUCAAAGCAUCACUGAGAAGGCCCUGGCGGAGGAUAGUCUGGCUUCCUUAGGGCCCGGGACCUCUAAACUACGGUUAUUCAUGGUCCUUAAUGUCCUCUGAGGGGCAGACCAGGAGAGGCGGUCCCAUAAAUAUGAGGGCCAUAAGCCACAAAGGGCUUUCAAGGUCAAAACCAGCACCUUAAACCUGACCCGCUACUCCACCGGGAGCCAGUGUAGCUUGAAAAGCACUGGGCGAAUAUGCUCCCAUGGCAGGGACCCCGUGAGGAGCUUCGCUGCAGCAUUCUGCACCCGCUGGAGUUUCUGGGACAGCUUCAAGGGCAGCCCCACAUAGAGCGAGGUACAAUAAUCAAGCCUGGAGGUGACCGCUGCAUGAACCUUUCUAAAGCUUCUGGGUUGAGGUACCUCAUUCUUGAAUCCAAAGCAAAAGGUGAUCGAGCCAAAAGUAUGACUCCAGUGGGAGUGAGUUCCAUAGGUUUUAACCCACACGUUCCACCGAGACUGAGGCAGUUCCAGAAGGAAAUGCACAAAGAGAAGGGCGUCUGCGAUGGAUGGGAGUGUCUUAAAAGUGAGAUCUUGUAGGCACAGCCUCAAACAGUAGGAGGCAUCUGAAGAAGCCAACAAUUGUCACCCAGCCAUGCUUGCAGCUGCUGCCUGCUCCCUCGGGGCCCCAUCCAGCCCUCCAUUUCUAUUACUUUUCCCCACAACCAGGCACCUAUAACCGGGAGCGAGGCUGCCUGGAGAGAGAAACAUCUGGGGGUGAGGAUAAUGUGUGCAUGGAGGGUUUUGUCCCUUACAUCUUUGUCUCUUCCCUCUCCUUUUUGUGUGUCUGAGGCAGAUCUGGGUCGAUGCAGACCCACACAUCUGCUGUCCCCACUGUGGAUGUAGAUUGCGCCUGUGAAAUUGCUCCCCCCCUUCCUCUCAUUUUCACCCACUGGAACACUGUGAUUCAAACCGCAGCUCUCCUUGGCAUCAAGGGUCCAGCUUGGGCUGACGAAGCUGAAGCCUUGCUCUUUGGCUUCUGUAAAGGUAAAGGGACCCCCGACCAUUAGGUCCAGUCGUGGCCAACUCUGGGGUUGCGGCACUCAUCUCGCUUUACUGGCCGAGGGAGCCGGCGUACAGCUUCUGGGUCAUGUGGCCAGCAGGACUAAGCCGCUUCUGGCGAACCAGAGCAGCGCACGGAAACGCCGUUUACCUUCCCGCUGGAGCGGUACCUAUUUAUCUACUUGCACUUGACGUGCUUUCGAACUGCUAGGUUGGCAGGAGCAGGGACUGAGCAACGGGAGCUCACCCCGUCAUGGGGAUUCGAACUGCCGACCUUCUGAUCAGCAAGCCCUAGGCUCAGUGGUUUAACCCACAGUGCCACUUGGGAUCAAAGUCUCUUUCUGGGCAAGGGGGCUGGGAAACCACUUUUCCUAAGAGGUUUGCUGCUUGUGGUCAGAUCUCCUCCUUUCUCCCUGGCUCAGGUGGUUUGGCGCUUUGGAGAUACCCUUUGUGAUACCCUCACAAGUGAAUUUUCGUAAGGGUGGGGGUUGUGUUCUUCCUCCCCUGUCAUCUGCCUCUGAUGAUGAAAUGGCUCUUCUUAGGAAACAGCCUCUGGGAAGGAUAACCUCAGAGGGGGAGUCCCUGUGGCUGCUUCUUCCUCUUAACUUGAGACCUUGGGCAGCUGCACUGGCUUCCCUUUUCUCUCUGCAAAUCUCCUUCCUGGCUCCCCCCUCCCUCUGCUGCCCUGCUGUGGUAUUUUGGGAAUGUGACCUCCGCCAAGUCACAGCGCCCUUUUCUUUUCCCAGAGAAAGAGGCGGGGGUGGCACAUUAGGGCUUCUGUGGGCCAGUUCCUUCACCCACCGCAGAGAAGAGCCAUUGUGCCCUCUUUGCGGUGUUAUUUAAUUAAAGAUUUAUUUGCCUGGUGAAAGCCCCAUUAGAGCAGCGGGAGGUGGCAACAUCAGAGCAUCACUUCAGGGGCCGAGUCCUGUCAGCUCCUCCCCCUCCCCCUCUUGCCUCAACCAUUUUUUGUUUCGUUUUUAGUUUUAUAAAGGAUUUUAGGUCUUUGAGAGAGAGAGAUUUAUUGCAUUUCUGUGCUGCUUUCCUUUCAAACGAAUCCCGAAGCUUCUUAGAACAACAGCAAUUGGCAAUAGUGUAACAGUGUCACAGGUCUUCUUUGGCGAUCCCUCGUAGCCGAAUAAGAUUGUCUUCCAUCAGCAUGGUCUUAACAAUGAGUCCGUAAGUGACUGUGGAGGCCAAUUCUGGAUCCACACGUCCUUCCACAAUGGGGACGUUGGUUUCUGGGCGGGAGUUGAUCCCGGUGAGGGUUUGCCAAACGUGCCUUCCUCUUAGCACGUUUCUCCCUUGUGUCCUGAGUUCAAGUGUCUUCAAACCCCAUGACACCUUUGGCAAAGGCUGUUCUCCAACUGGAGCGCUCGCAGGCCAGUGUUUCCCAAUUGUCGGUGUUUAUACUACAUUUUUAAAGAUUUGCCUUGAGAGAGUCUUUCAACCUCUUUUGUUGACCACCAGCAUUACGCUUUCCAUUUCUAAAAUCAUAAAAGAGUAGUUGCUUUGGAAGACGAUAAUCAGGCAUCCGCACAACAUGACCAGUCCAACGAAGUUGAAGAAACUUUGCUUCAAUACUGGUGAUCUUUGCUUCUUCCAGGACACUGGUAUCCGUUCGCCUGUGUUCCCAAGUGAUGUGUAAAAAGUUUUUGGAGACACUGUUGAUGGAAUCUUUCAAGGAGUUGAUGGCGUUUAUAAUUGGUCCACAUUUCACAAGCAGACAGUAAAGUUGGUAGUACAAUAGCUUUGUCAACAAGUAUUUGGGCUUCCCCUUUGAAUGUCCCAGUCCUCAAACACUCUGCACUUCAAUUGGGAGAAAGCCGCACUUGCAGAGCUUAGGUGAUGCUGGAUUUCUGCAUCAAUGUUGGCCCUUGUGGAAAUAUAACUGCCCAGGUAGUAGAAGUGAUCAACAUUUUCCAAUGUUACACCAGUGUAACAGGUACAGCUCAAGCCGUAUUAUAUAAUUAACAAAACACCAGCAAGACACUUAAUGAUCUGUAAAGCACAGUAAACAAACCCACAACAAAAAAGUAAAAAGCUGAGCAUCACAGUUACAACGUAAGUUAUAUGAUUAACUGAUCAUCAAUAAAACAUUUAUAACAGGCAUAGGCAAACUUGGCCCUCCAGAUGUUUUGGGAGUACAAUUCCCAUCAUUCCUGACCACUGGUCCUGUUAGCUAGGGAUCCUGGGAGUUGUAGUCCCAAAACAUCUGGGGGGCCGAGUUUGCCUAUGCCUGAUUUAUAAUCUAUAAAACAAUGUUGAAAGGCAGCAAUUGAAAAAGUUAGCUGAGGGCACAUUCCUCUUGCAGCGGAGGCAGGUGUUUCCUUUGUGGCCCCUCCCGUUGCCCCUCUGCCGGGCCAAUCUGCCUCGGUGCUCCGUGACCGGCCUUGAACAUCACCCCACAAUGCCCUGGUGCCAGUUCCCCUGGACCACUGCUGCAGCAUCCUUCUCCGUGCUUAAGCCCCCAUCCCAGAGAAGAUGCCAGGUUAGGAGGAUGAGGGGCAGGUGGGAUUGAUGGAUUAGACUGGAUUGCUAUCUUUCUCUGUUGAUUUUGGUUCAGGUGAAUCCCAGAGCAGCUUACAAACAGGAAAUAACAGUAACAUGAACGAACAUCACAAAUGCAGCAUAGAUCAUGUAGAAUAAUCAAGCCAUAAACCAAAGAGAAUAUAGAUAGAAAUUGCUCCCUCUUCUGCUGCAGCUGCCAUCUCUGCUCAGGACGGGGCAGGAAAGAGACCACCAGAGUCUCCUCCGGCACAACGCUUUGGGGGGCAUCUUUCUUGCCAGCCUUUCCAUAUGUGGGGGGAGAGGGUGUUUCGGAAGCCCCCACACCAUCUGCUGCACCCUUCUCUGCCGGAUCAGACCAAAGACAUGCCUGGAGCUGCUGGUGUAGCUGUGGAGUGUCUGAAAGGCAGGUUGGGGAAGGCAGGUUUCCGCUGACAGAUGUUGAGACCCAAAGUGGCCUUGCUUAGCCUUGCAAGAAGUAAGAGGCUCGUGAGAGUAGGAUGAAGGUCGCUACAUUAAUAAUAAUAAUAAUCAUAAUCAUAAUAAUAAUCAUAAUGUAGGGGAGCUGUUUGUGUGCAGUGUAAGCAUUUGAUUCUUUCUCUUUCCCUUCCUCCCGGGUUGCCUUUGCAAUGGGCUGCACUGGGAAGGGAAUAAACAUGGUGUGGCAGCUGAGCAGAGCUGCCUUUUGCCCCCGUCUUUUCCCCGUCAUCUCAACCCCAUGUGUGCCCACUCAGCCGCUUCGGUUGGCGGAAUUGGCACUGCGUAAUCAAACAAUUAAACCCCUGUGUUGUAAACAAUUAUCAGUAAUAUCCAAGGCAACACGAUGACCAAGUACAACAAUGCAAUAUCAAUAUAAACUCUUUAUAUAUUCUAUACGGAACAUUGAAUAAUAUGAAAUAUGCACUCUCUGCAUAACCAAAUAAACAGAAAUCUUAUAAAUCUCUGAAAGUCACAAAAUGUGCACUCUUGAUGGAUUCUCUUGAAAAUAUAGAACCAAAUAAACAUAAGUCUCUGAAAGUCUUUGUGGACUAUGCAAGUCUCUGAAAGAAGCCAUGGGUCAGAUUCUUAUCUGGUCAAAACAAGCCGUAAAGCUGUGUUUUAUGACGUCCAAUGCUGCCAAAGUGGUCCGCAAACAGACGUAGUGAACAGUGAUUCCGGAUAUACCCACCGUUUUGUAGAAUUCUUCUUCAGCACAGCAGAAGGAUACAGAAAUGCUUCAUAAACUGCAAAUGAAUUAUUGAAACGAUGACUUGCAGGUGCCACACGAUGCCCGUUCCUCAUUGGCAAGAACUCAGUUGUUUAAUGUGGCAGCAACUACACUUUGGAACUCCCUGCCUAUUGAUACCAAGGAGACACAAAACCCAGACGCUUAGAAAUGCUGAUGUGAAGUUCAGUCUGUUUUAGGGUUUCAACUUUUUCUAUGUUUUAAAGCAUUGUGCAUUCCUCUUGAGUUUACUUUUUUAUAAACCACUUUGAGGGUUUGUUUUUUCGACAGUCAAGCGGUGGAUAAAUUUUUCGAAACAAACAAACAAGCGAUAGAUGAAAUGGUAAUAUUUGAAGGUCAGUUGCUCUGCUGCCUAAUAUUACUGUUCCUGCUCAGUUUUUCCUGGGGCUUAUUGGUUUUCCUUCCUUCCUUGCAGCCGGCCAGCCUUCUGCCGUCUGCUGUGCCGCACACACAAACGGGAGGCGGAUUAGAGAGGGAGGAAAGCAGAUUUGCUGGAUUCAUGUUCUGCUGCUGCUUAGGAGAAGGGGGACUUCCUCUCUCUCUUUCUCCCUCUCUCAUAACAAUUUUCAGGGAAAGCUCAUAGCAGUUGCGCCCAAGGCUUCUUGAGAGAGGAUAUGUAGCAACGGAGGCUGAGUUUCAUUUGAGCAGUGAGGGGUCAGUGCGUGGGGAGAAUGAAAACUAGUAAUAAUAAUAAUAAUAAUUUUUUAUUUAUACCCCGCCCAUCUGGCUGAGUUUUCCCAGCCACUCUGGGCGGCUUCCAAUCAAGUGUUAAAAACAAUACAGCAUUAAAUAUAGUAUUGUGAUAUAGUAUUGUGCUUUGCCUGGAAAACAACUACAGUGGUACCUUGGUUUAAGAACAGCUUCGUUUAUGAACAACUUGGAUUAAGCAUGCUGCAAACCCAGAAGUAGGUGUUUUGGUUUGUGAACUUUGCCUUGGAAGUAGAACAUGUUUCGCUUCCUGUUGCGUGUGUUCCAUUUGUAAACUGAGUCCCCUGCUGCUAUGGGAAAGCACGCCUUGGUUUAAGAACGCUUUGGUUUAAGAACGGACUUCCGGAAUGGAUUGAGUUCGUAAACCAAGGUACCACUGUACUUGAGUUUUAACUGCUUUGCCACUAGAGGGUUUUUUUUGGGGGGGAGGGGGGCAGAAUUUUCCAUGUUGGGCUUUGGAAGAAGAAGAAGAAGAAUAGUAACCUGCAACUCCAAGUUCUGUGUUGAAAUGAUCAGCUUUCCAUACAGGUCUUAAACCCUAGACUUGUUGGGCGGUUCCCCAAGGGUCAUCUAGUCCAGCCCCCAGCAAUGAAGGAAUCUCAGCUCAAGCAUCCCUGACAGGUGACCACCCAAUCUCUGCUUAAAAACCUCCAAGCAAGGAGAGCCCACCACUUUCUGAUGGAAUUUCUUCCACUGCUGAGCAGCUCUUCCUGUCAGAAAGUUCUUCCUGAUGUUUAGUCGGAAUCUCUUCUCUCAUAACCUGAAGCCAUGGGUUCGAGUCCUACCCAGCCACAGCUGACUCUCUGGGCACUGCCGCUUUGUCUGACUGGGGAUUGGGCUGUUCACCUGUCGAAUGUCUCUCUCCGUCAGAAAGUUCUUUCUGUUGGGUCCCUACCCUUUUAUUUAACAAAACGCAUAUACAGUGGUACCUCGGGUUAAGUACUUAAUUCGCUCCGGAGGUCCGUUCUUAACCUGAAACUGUUCUUAACCUGAGGUACCACUUUAGCUAAUGGGGCCUCCCGCUGCCACCGCCACACCAUUUCUGUUCUCACCCUGAAGCAAAGUUCUUAACCUCAGGUACUAUUUCUGGGUUAGCGGAGUCUGUAACCUGAAGCAUCCGUAACCCGAGGUACCACUGUACCACUAGAUCAAGCUCCUCAGUUUUGUUGAAUUAAUUAAGCCACAUAGUUUUAAUUGGAUUUUGAAUAGAAGUGUGCCGUUCAUUGUUACCGUUUUGGAUUUUUCUGUACUGCUGCCUUCAGUAGCAGUACUGAGUUGGGCAAACUGCUGUUCUGAAAAAUGCUUUUUAUAGAGCAGGGGUCUCUGGGGAUGAGUUUAUGGAACCAAGAGGGGCAGGGUGCCCCGGAAAACUUUGGGGGCCAAGCAGGUUUCUGGGCAUAGUGCCACCUCUUUAGUCCUGCUGUUAACAUGGGUGAUUGACACAACCAGACUUUAAAGCAGUGGCACAAGAUGCGCUAUUAUGGGGUAGAGAAAUAUGUAGGAGAGUGUUUUUCCCCGAAGUGUGUCUGUGGAGCUUUCACGGGGCUGGUCAUGUAUGUUCUUGCUGCUUGUGAGGCUUCGCACUGGGCUUCUUGAAGUUUCUGCUGAAAGAGCAGGUUCCGAGUUCAAAUCCUGCCUCAUUUGGCCUAUCUUGGCAUUUCCCCCCCAUCCUCUCUAAUCCACUGUCAAGUCCAGCACAGCACAAAUGUGGUCUUGGGAAAUGGUGAGCAGGGACGAAGCUUAGCGACAGGACACCAGCCUUGCAUGCAGAAGGCCCCAUAAUAAUAAUAAUAAUAAUAAUAAUAAUAAUAAUUUAUUAUUUUUACCCCACCCAUCUGGCUGGGCUUCCCCAGCCACUCUGGGCAGCUUUCAAAAAAUAUUAAAAUACUGUAAUACAUCAAACAUUAAAAGCUUCCCUAAACAGGGCUGCCUUCAGAUGUCUUCUAAAAGUCUGGUAGUUGUUUAUCUCUUUGACAUCUGGUGGGAGGGCGUUUCACAGGGUGGGCGCCACCACUGAGAAGGCCCUCUGCCUGGUUCCCUGUAACUUGGCUUCUUGCAGUGAGGGAACCGCCAGAAGGCCCUCGGAGCUGGACCUCAGUGUCCGGGCUGAACGAUGGAGGUGGAGACGCUCCUUCAGGUGUACAGGACUGAGGCCGUUUAGGACUUUAAAGGUCAGCACCAACACUUUGAAUUGUGCUUGGAAACAUACUGGGAGCCAGUGUAGGUCUUUCAGGACUGGUGUUAUAUGGUCCCAGCGACCGCUCCCAGUCACCAGUCUAGCUGCCACGUUCUGGAUUAGUUGUAGUUUCUGGGUCACCUUCAAAGGUAGCCCCACGUAGAGCGCAUUGCAGUAGUCCAAGCGGGAGAUAAUCAGAGCAUGCACCACUCUGGUGAGACAGUCCGCGGGCAGGUAGGGUCUCAUCCUGCAUACCAGAUGGAGCUGGUAGACAGCUGCCCUGGACACAGAAUUGACCUGCGCCUCCAUGGACAGCUGUGAGUCCAAAAUGACUCCCAGGCUGUGCACCUGGUUCUUCAGCGGCACAGUUACCCCAUUCAGGACCAGGGAGUCCUCCACACCUCCCCGCCUCCUGUCGUCCAAAAACAGUACUUCUGUCUUGUCAGGAUUCAGUCUCAAUCUGUUAGCCGCCAUCCAUCCUCCCAGGUUCAUUCCCCAGUGUCAGCAGCAUCUCCUUGUCUGAACCCCCCGAGACCUGCUGCUGCCAGCCAGUGCAGGCAGUAUAGAGCCAGACAGGUUCAGUACCAGGCAGCUUCCUGUUUUCCCGUGUGCUUUGCCCACAAGUGCAUUUCGAUGCUCUGACAUUCAGACGAAGGCGGCUGUGUCGCUACCUGUGUUGGCUGGGGGCUGGCGGGAGCUGAACUCCAAAUCCCCAGAGGGCGGCAGGUUGGAGAUGGCUGGGCUGCAGCCGCUUCUGUCUGCUGUGGGGACAUUCCAGCUUCUUCCCUGCGGGAGUCUUUGCUGAGCUGCAAAACUUUGCGCCAUCCUGAGUAAGGCAGAUGCCCACCUGGCAACAUUCACCCUCUCCCCCCCCCCAUGCCAUCUGUUGCGGGAGAAAAUCAGUAAAUAAAGAUUCUUAUCUUGUCCUGUUUCAGUAGAUGCUUCUAGCCCAAACCAGGCCUGCUCUGAGUGACCCCCCUCCUGCCAGGAGAGCAGCUUGCUCCCGUUGAGUUGCUUCACUGUUGGACACCAUAAGGGGGUCCCAGAUUUUUUUUCGGGGGGGCUUCCCUAGUACUACCAGUCAUUCUGCUGCUGUAAGCUGCAAACAGACGAGGGUGCAAAUUGCCCCCUCCUCAACUGACAGAUCAAUCAUUUGAUGGGCUGGCAGGGAGCAUUUUGUUAACUUUGCAUUCUGCAGCUGACCUCCUAUUUAGUGUUUUUUUUAAAAAAAUGUUUAGGAUAAUAUUUUAGUUUCCUGUGAAUUAUGUUUGAAUGAAUGCUAAUUGUCUUUAAAGGUAUAUACUUUGUCUUUAACUUUCUUCAGUAAUGUUUUAUUCUGGAUUGUUGUAUUUCUUUGAUGUUUUAAUGUAGGUUGUAAAGUGCUUUGAGAUCCCUCCCCAUUAAAAAUAUAAAGCAGUAUAGAAAAUCAACAACAACAACAACAACAAGAGGUUUUCCCUCUUGCUCCAUUCUUUCUGGGCACAGCUGCAAAAGGCUUUUCAAUUUGCACUCCUGUUUUCCCCAGGAAAACCUGCUCUUCACUGCUGAAUCGGAGCAAACAGCAAAACCAGGUAGACAUUUGCUCCAAUUCAGCAGCAAAGAGCAGGGAAGCCGUGGGACUGGUGGGAAUGGGGGUGAGCCCUUGGUGAAAGCAGGAUCUCCCAGUGGGGAUCUUGACUAGCAAAUGGCUUCUGGUGGGAGCCCAGCCUGCUGGGUUGUCGCAGCCGACAACUGCCAGUCUCUCCAGCCAGAUGGAAUCUGCCAGAUGGAAUAUGCCCCCUGUGGAUGUUUCCACCCUCGCCACAUAUUUUCCUUUGCCGCUUCUCUCAACCACCUGACACCCCCCUGCCCCCCCGGUCUUAAUGCUGUAGAAAGCAGCCCUUGGAAUAGGCUGCUGGCAUGGGGGGCGUGCCUCUUCUGAGGAAAUGCUUUAAAAAGUAGAACAGGAAGCUUUGUAGAUGGCAAUAGGAGCUGGUUCCCUUCCCUCUGGUGCUUUGGAAACUAUCAGAGUGGCCCCAAGUCAAUAAAAACAGGCAAAUUAAGGGUUCUUUUACUUAAGAUAUGCAGAUGACACAACUUUGAUGGCAGAAAGUGAGGCGGAAUUAAAGAACCUUUUAAUGAGGGUGAAAGAGGAGAGCGGAAACUAUGGUCUGAAGCUCAACAUCAAAAAAACCAAGAUCAUGGCCACUGGUCCCAUCACCUCCUGGCAAAUAGAAGGGGAAGAAAUGGAGGCAGUGAGAGAUUUUACUUUCUUGGGCUCCAUGAUCACUGCAGAUGGUGACAGCAGUCAAGAAAUUAAAAGACGCCUGCUUCCUGGGAGAAAAGCAAUGACAAACCUAGACAGCAUCUUAAAAAGCAGAGACAUCACCUUGCCAACAAAGAUCCCUAUAGUUCAAGCUAUGGUUUUCCCAGUAGUGAUGUAUGGAAGUGAGAGCUGGACCAUAAAGAAGGCUGAUCGCCGAAGAAUGGAUGCUUUUGAAUUCUGGUGCUGGAGGAGACUCAUGAGAGUCCCACGGACUGCAAGAAGAUCCAACUUCUCCAUUCUGAAGGAAAUCAGGCCUGAGUGCUCACUGGAAGGACAUAUCCUGAAGCUGAGGCUCCAAGACUUUGGCCACCUCAUGAGAAGAGAAGACUCCCUGGAAAAGACCCUGAUGUUGGGAAAGAUGGAGGGCGCAAGGAGAAGGGGAGGACAGAGGACCAGAUGGUGGGACAGUGUCCUCGAAGCUACCAGCAUGAGUUUGACCAAACUGCAGGAGGCAGUGGAAGACAGGAGUGCCUGGCCUGCUCUGGUCCAGGGGGUCACGAAGAGUCGGACACGACUAAACAACAACAACAACUUAGUUUAUAGGGGAUUGUGUGUUUAUCUGUGUAUCUCGCUAUGAGGCUAUUUUGAUCGCUAUUUUGAUCGCCGACUUAAAAGGCUGUUUUAACUGUGGGCAUGUAAGACAAGCCUGUUGGAUCAGGCCCAUGGCCCAUCCAGUCCUCCUGUUCUAACAGUGGCCAUCCAGAUGCCCCAGGGGGAAACCCCACAAGCAGGACCUGAGUGCGAAAGCUACUCUCCCCUCCUGGGAUUCAGAAGCAAUGCUGAUUCCAGUUGUGGAGAAAGAACAUAGCCAACACGGCUGGUACUCAUGGGCAGCCCACCGUUUCUCCAUUAAUCUGUCUAAUUCUCUUUUAAAUACAUCCGGGUUGGUGGCCCUCAUGCCUCCUGUGGCAGGGAGUUCCACAGUUUAACUCUGGGCUGAAUGUAGAAGGACUUUCGUUUAUCCAUCCUGAAUCUUCCAAUAUUCAGCUUCUUUGGAUGUCCACGGCUUCUGGUGUUAGGAGCUCUUUCUCUCUUUCAUAUACAGAUGAACCUCGGAAGUUGGAACAAAAUCCGUUCCAGAAGUCCGUUCGACUUCCGGAAAGUUCGAAAACCAAGGCGCGGCUUCCGAGUGGUUUCAAGUUGCGCAGGCAAUUGCCGGGAACAGAAGUGGAAGCCGCGCCGGACGAAAACCAGAACAGUCACUUCUGGUUUUCAAUCAUUCAGGAGCCAGAACGUUCAUCUCCUAAGGCGUUUGGGAGCUGAGGGAGGACUGUACCGCGGUUGCUGGUGAGAAGUUUGUAGCUAAAAGAGAAGAGGCCUCCUUUGUUGACAGGUGUCACUUGUCAGAUUCCUCCCAGCCUUGGAUGGCAAGGAAGCUCCGCCCCCAACUUUAUGGAUUUUUGUUUGCUGGGCAAUUUUGGAUAAUAUAGGUCAGGUCCCAGCUGCUGCUGCUGCUCUUCCCACCAGGUGGAGGUGGGGGGGCACUGAUGAAAGGCUGGGAUGAAAGCCCCUUCUCCCCCCCCCCCCCCGCAGAUCUAAACUCUUGCUUGUGCUCAGAAUCUGCUCUGUUUUUCUAGAAUCCUGUUUGGUAACCAUCCUCUGGAAGGGAGGCACCACAGUGUGAUCAACCGAGAGGAGGGGACUUGCUCUUACAUUUAUUGCAUAAAAUUCAGGGUGGAUAAAAAUCAAUGAUUUUUUUUUUUAAUGGAUUUUUAAAAUUUAAAUCAUUUUUUUUAUUUAAAUUGGAUUUUUAAAAUAAAAUGCUUUUGGAGGAAUAAUUUUUCUAAAAUUAGUUUUCUAUUUAAGUUACAUUAUAGUCCAAAGGCUAUUCAUCAGGAAAUAACUUUUUAAAAAGUUUUUCAUGUGUGCUAAAACUCAGUCUAAGGUUUUUUAUUAUUAUUAUUGUUUAACCACAUCAGUUAACAAACAUGGAUACAUAUGCCAUAAUGUUAUUGUUUUUGUUAAAUAAAUUGUUUAAAUUGUUAUUAAGGAAAUGAUUAUUUUUCUCCUUCCAAUAAAGUAUAGCAGAAAAGUUGUCCAAAUAUAAUCAGUUAACUUAUUAAACCUCAGAAUAAUUUCAUAAUUAUCCGUCUAUGUAUUUCUAAUAGUAUAAUCAAAUCAAUAAUUUUUGAUAUAACUGUAAAAACUACUCUGAAAAUUUAUGAUUCCAAAAAUGAAACCUUCAUCUGGUUGUAAAUAUUAAGGUUAUACCAGCAAUAAUGAGUCUUUCUGUAAAAAAAAUAGGCAGGGAGUUCCAAAGGGUAGGUUUGGAAUUGAUUUCUGGCAAAUGUGGAACGGGUAUCAUGUGGCCCCUGUAACAGGGCCAGUUCCACCAGCUGAAGCAGUCAAGGCAUAGAAGGGGUCAGGCGAUCUCAUAUGUCCCAAGUUGUUAAGGGCUUUAUACAGGGGGCGCUCGGGUUGCGGGAGGCACGCUCUCAACCCACAGUGCCGCGUCUGCACCAAUCUUCUUUUCAAGCCAUCCAGGUCAGUUGCCAUCAUUGCCUCCUGUGGCAGAGAGUUCCAUAGUUUAACUCUGUGCUGCCUGAAGAAGGGCUUCCUUUUUGUGCGUGCCUUGAAUCUUCCAACACUCAGCUCCGUUGGAUGCCUGUGGGUUGCAAUGUUAUUAGAGAGGGAGGAAGACGUUUCUCUUCCCACUUUCUCCUCGCCACGUCUCAUUUUGUAAACUUCCAUUGCGUCUCCUCUCAGUACCUUUAAGUACGGCCGUCUCCACCACGAACUACAACUCCCGGGCGCCCCAGCCAGCUCAGCCACGCUGCUUGUCCAAAACAUCUGGAGGGCAUUUGCAGCUGCCGCUGUGUGGCCCAAACGCAUCGGAGAUGGCUGGCCGAGGUUUCUGCAAGCCUCUUCCUUCUGAGCACUUGACAGAUAUUCUGGGAUGCGACGCUGUGCCAGAUUUGGCUGACUCAUCCGGUAUAAUAGAAGCACAUCUGCUCCAGCCUCAUGACCUGGAAAAGCAUCUUUUGCACAGCAAUUGCACAAGAGGAGGCGGGGGGGGGGGAGUUGACACAGAAGCGGCAGCAACAGUCUCUGCGCCCGACAGACAGAGGAGGUCAACAUUUAUUUUCGAGGCAACCGAAGGGGAGAGGAAAGGAAGAAUAAAGGAAGAGAGAGCUUUGUUUCCUGAAAAACCACAGGCUAAUUCUGCGGUGGCCAAAGCAACAAAUGGAAGAGGCGCCGCAAAGGCCGGCAGUCGCCUGAGUGGCAAAGGGUGAAAGUGAUUUAAUUAUCUGGAGCUGCAAAGGGGGAGGGGGCCGGGGGCACCAAAGGUCAGAGCUCUGGAGGAGUCACAUGACAGGCACCCAAACGUCUUCUGGGGCACAGCCACUUACCCCACGGCUGCGGCCAGCCCCACUGAAGUCCGACAGCUGGCCGGCUCGGAAAAAGGUUGCAGAGUUUGGGACUUUUCAGGCAGCGAAGAGAUGUUUAUAAAAUUGUGAUUUGGGGUGUAAUCUUCGACACCUCGCUUUCCAUGGAGACGCAGAUUGCAGCUAUAACAAAGGUGGCAUUUUUUCAUCUCCGCCAAGCUAAGCAGUUGGCUCCUUACCUCUCUCGCCCUGACCUAGCCACUGUGAUCCACGCGACGGUCACCUCCAGACUGGAUUAUUGUAACUCGCUCUACGUGGGGCUGCCCUUGAGACUGACCCAAAAACUCCAGCGGGUGCAGAAUGCUGCAGCAAGACUCCUUACGGGGUCUUCGCUGCGAGAUCACAUUCACCCGGUGCUAUACCAGCUGCCCUGGCUCCCGGUGGAGUACAGGAUCAGGUUUAAGGUGCUGGUUUUAACCUUUAAACCUGAUCCUAGGACCCUCAUACCUAUGGGACCGCCUCUCCUGGUAUGUCCCACAGAGGACCUUAUGGUCUUCAAACAAAAACAUCUUGGAGAUCCCGGGCCACAGGGAGGUUAGGCUGGCCUUGACCAGAGCCAGGGCUUUUUUGGCCAUGGCCCCAAUCUGGUGGAACGCUCUGUCACAAGAGACUAGGGCCCUGCGGGACUUGACAUCUUUCCGCAGGGCCUGCAAGACGGAGCUUUUCCACCUGUAUUAUUAUUACAGUGGACCCUCUGGUUACAGACUUAAUUCGUUCUGGGGGUCCGUGCGCACCCCGAAAAAUCCGUAACCAGAGGCCUGCUUCUGCACAUGCACAUGCAACAAACCCGAAAGAAUACACUUCUGGGUUUGCCACAUUCGUUAUGUAACCAGAGGGUCCACUGUAUUAUUAUCCUGUCAAGUAGCUAUCAAAAGCCUUCUCCUCCUCCAUGUGUCCGUUCUUAACCUGAAACUGUUCUUAACCUGAAGCACCACUUUAGCUAAUGGGGCCUCCUGCUGCCGCCGGGGCGCUGGAGCACGAUUUCUGUUCUUAUCCUGAAGCAAAGUUCUUAACCCGAGGUGAUAUUUCUGGGUUAGCGGAGUCUGUAACCUGAAGCGUAUGUAACCUGAAGCGUAUGUAACCCGAGGUACCACUGUACCACUAAAUCAAGCUCAUCAGUUUUGUUGAAUUAAUUAAGCCACAUAGUUAAUAAUAAUAAUAAUAAUAAUAAUAAUAAUAAUAGUAUCCCACCCAUUUGAAUGGGUUGCCCCAGCCAUUCUGGGUGGCUUCCAACAAAUAUAAAAGCAUAAUAAAAGGUUAAAAUCUUCCCUGUUUAGGGCUGCCCUGUCGAGGAAGGCUCUGCUCUGCCUCCACAGGGAGCAAUUGCUCCACAGGGAGCAAUUUUUCUGAACACCAGUGGCUGGAGAGUGCAGGAGGUUUUCUUGCACACGAUCCAAGAGCUCUUUUGGUUUUUAAAGGUUAAAAGCAACCCGUUGCAAGGUGUUCAGACUGCCGUGUCUCUGUCAACGGAGGGGUCCUGAACCAGCUGAAUUUCCCAGUCUGCGUUCGGUGGCAGCUCCCUGUGGAGCCGGGCGCAGUAGUCUAGCUGGCAAGAGAUGCUCCUGGCAUUCUGUCCGUCUGUCUCUCCCCAACCCCCUUUUAAAUAUAUAGUCCUUUUCUCUGUGGGACUGAAUGGGGACGGGACAGGGCACAGUUUAACUGGGGACUCUCCUUGCCAGCCCUGCUCUCCCCCCCCCCCAAGGCAGCGGUGUUUUCUGUUAGCUUCUGCUCGUAAGAACUUGAUUAGUGAACUCCUUUUCUUUUAAUCAACUUGGAAAUCUGCCAGGGGCAUCUUGAAUGAGCUGCUCUUAGACCCAGUUGGGCUCUUCUGGCUGGGAGAGUGGAGGCAAGUGUGUGAAGUGUGUGUGUGUGUGUGUGUGUGUGUAUGUGUGUGUGAGAGAGAGAGAGAUGAAUAAGUCCACAAGAGUGGACUUUCUUCUUGGACUUAAUGACUUCGAUUGCAACUGGAGGGAACUUUCAGCCCUAGGGGAACAUUUGCUGGUGCCUGAUCAGCCAUCCUGAAAGAGGCAGACAGAGGCUGUGAAAGCUCCUUUGUCUCUUACAGAUCCCUUUUCGGUGCUACAAGGAAGCUCAAAAUCCAAAGGAAUAAUAAUUAAUAAUAUGGCAAUAUAAUAAUAGUAAUUUAUUAUUAUACCCCGCCCAUCUGGCUGGGCUUCCCCAGCCACUCUGGGCGGCUUCCAACAAAAUAUUAAAAUACAGUAAUGCCUCAGACAUUAAAAGCUUCCCUAAACAGGGCUGCCUUCAGAUGUCAUCUAAAAGUCUGGUAGUUGUUUUUCUCUUUGACAUCUGGUGGGAGGGCGUUCCACAGGGUGGGCGCCACCACCGAGAAGGCCCUCUGCCUGGUUCCCUGUAACCUCACUUCUUGCAGGGAGGGAACCGCCAGAAGGCCCUCACCGCUGGACCUCAGCGUCCAGGCAGAACGAUGGGAGUGGAGACGCUCCUUCAGGUAUACAGGACUGAGGUCGUUUAGGGCUUUCAAGGUCAGCACCAACACUUUGAAUUGUGUUCGGAAACGUACUGGGAGCCAAUGUAGGUCUUUCAAGACCGGUGUUAUAUGGUCUCGGCGGCCGCUCCCAGUCACCAGUCUAGCUGCCACAUUCUGGAUUAGUUGUGGUUUCCGGGUCACCUUCAAAGGUAGCCCCACGUAACACGCAUGGCAGUAGUCCAAGCGGGAGAUAACCAGAGCAUGCGCCACUCUAGCGAGAAAGUCUGCAGGCAGGCAUGGUCUCAUCCAGCACACCAGAUGGAGCUGGUGCACAGCUGCCCCGGACACAGAAUUAGCUUGCACCUCCAUGGACAGCUGUGAGUCCACAAUGACUCCCAGGCUGCGCACCUGGUCCUUCAGGGGCACAGUUACCCCACUCAGGACCAGGGAGUCCUCCACACCCACCCGCCUCAUGUCCCCCCAAAACAGUACUUUUGUCUUGUCAGGAUUCAACCUCAAUCUGUUAGCUGCCAUCCAUCCUCCAACCGCACAUGCUUUCUUCACCACAGAAGAGAGAGAGAAACAGCGUGGGGCAGUGGUUAGAGCAGGGUUGGCCAACCUUUUUAUACCUGCAGCCCACUAAUGCAUCUUUCUUGAUGGUAAAAUUUCCUUACCGCCCACCAGAGCUCGAUGGAAGGAGGAUUCAGCUUGUGCCGUAGAACCCCCUACCGCCCACCUAGAAUCCUGAAAUGCCCACUAGUGGGCGGUAGGGACCAGGAUGACAACCCCUGGGUUAGAGUGUCGGACUAGGACUGGGGAGAGACAAGGGUUCGAAUUCCCCACUAGGCCAUGAAGCUCCCUGGGGUGACCUCGGGGGGCCACGCAAGGCCUCUCAGCCUGACCGGCCUCACAGGGUUGUUGGGGGAAAGAUUAAAUGAGGACCCUGUUGCCACCUCGAACUCGCUGGAGAAAAAAGGUGGGAUAGGUAAAGGGACCCCUGACCGUUAGGUCCAGUCGUGACCGACUCUGGGGUUGCAGCGCUCAUCUCGCUUUAUUGGCCGAAGGAGCCGGCGUACAGCUUCCGGGUCAUCUGGCCAGCAUUACUAAGCCGCUUCUGGCAAACCAGAGCAGCGCACGAAACGCCUUUUACCUUCCCGCCAGAGCAGUACCUAUUUAUCUACUUGCACUUUGACGUGCUUUCGAACUGCUAGGUUGGCAGGAGCAGGGACCGAGCAACGGGAGCUCACUCCGUCAUUGCGGGGAUUCAAACCUCUGACCUUCUGAUCGGCGAGUCCUAGGCUCUGUGGUUUAGACCACAGCGCCACCAGUGUCCCUGUGGGAUAUAAACGCCAUAAAUAAUGAUAAGUAGGUGUAGAAUAACUACUACCAGCCCCUGCAGAGAAAAUGUUUGCGAGGCCAGCUCUCUCCAAGCCGGAUGCUGUGGUUCCUGUUUUGCACUCGUUUUACAACACCGUCAGCCACGGAAAGGGAAAGUGCCUGCAAAGCCUGGCCAAUUGGGGUGGGGGGUGGGGCAGGGGGUCUUUCCUGUCUCUGUGCAAAGAGGCGGGAUCCCUAUCUAUAUUUACCCUGCAGCGGAAGUCCAGGGAGGGCAGCAUCCAUCGCUGCUCCCAAAUUUAUCCCAUCCUGCUCCCUUCUGCCGGUGGGAGGUGGAAAUGGCUCUGGAGAUUUUUGCUGUGGCCUCUGCUGCCAGAGAACCUUCAUGCAAGGGGUGUGUGUGUGGGUGUGGUUGUUGUCAUGCAGGAGGCUUAAGAGACAGAGCAUGGAAACCGAACUGGAGACUUGCAGAAAGUGUUUUUGCUCUCCAUUCACCCCGAGAAAAAAAUGUUGUGCCUAGCUUAUAUAUAAGAGUUUGUAGCACUUUCCCUUUUUCAAAAUAUAGUCUGGCCCCCACAAGGUCUGAGGGACAGUGGACCGGCCCCCAGCUGAAAAAGUUUGCUGAGCCCUGGCUUACAGGGUAGGACCCUGGAGACCUGCAAAAGCGCAUCUUGGUUUGAAGAAAAUGGAAUCCUGUUCUGGAUGGUUUUUUAGACUGGCGUGAGCAGGACUUCCUGGGGUGUGCAUAGGCCAUUGUUUGCGGUUGCCCCUGACCCCCACUCUCUGUCCAUGCAAGGGGACUCUGGGGAGUUGCGGUCUGUGUGUCUUUCUGCUGAAGUUGUGCAAUCCCCACCCUAGUCCAGUUGCCUGCACCCCUUUCCUCCAACCUCCCCCCCCCCCAAGGAGCACAAUGAGGACAUCUGUUCCUUUGGAGCCUCUCCCUGCCUUCGCUGGCAAUAAAACUCUGCCCAGAGAAGGAGGCUGCGCUGGCGGCUGUUGUGAAGUCGCUGUUAAUCACCAGUUGUUGAGUGACAAAUGUGUCCUCGGCUGCCUGUUGAAGAGGCCCCAAGCCCAGGCCAGGUCCAGGGCUGGGGGGUGGCUGGGGGCAGGGAUCCCUUGCCAAGGAGGGGGGCUCAGGUGGCCAGGGAGGGCCCUGGGCAGUGCAGCAGAGUCACAGGUGCCCUGGCGAAGGCAUGGGCUGAGCUGGAGGAAGGCUGCCUGCCUCAGAGGGAUUGGCACUUUGGAGGCACCCUGGAGGAGGAACCGAGUAUGACUUCUUUGGUCCUGAGGAUUUGGCUUGCUGUGGCUCAGUGGGCUGAGUACCUGCUCUGCUUGCAGAAGGACCCGGGUUCAGUCCCUUUCCGCACCUCCAGGGAGGGCUGGGAACUUCUACUCCCACAGAUGCAGGAUCCCAAGAACAGUAGGGAACUCGGGGCAUCAUCCAGGCUGACCCCCCUCCCCCCAAAAUCAUUACAGUGUUUUGGAAUUCAUUCAUGUUGGGCUGUGCAUGUUUGGGUGUGAGAUGGCAUGAAAACAAUCACUUCGGAUGAAUUAAAGGAAUUAUAUUGGUAUCUCUUCCUUCCUCCAAGCAGCACAGCGGUUUGUGCAAAGUUCAGGCAGGGAGGGAGCCCAACUAGUCCCUGACUGAGCCGGGGGAGAGCUGGCCUGGCAAGGCCCCUCAAAUCCCUCUUGCUGGGCCCGGCACCCUCAGCUACUGCCCUUGAUGCCUUCUUGUGACGCUGUUUGUACCAGAGGAUUAAAGGGCCUUUUCAUUUCUGGGAGAGCGCUGUGCCGGCCGUGGAAUCUGGCAAGAACAGGGAAAUGGGCAGCUGGCACCCUUGCCCAGACCGGAGGCCCCAUUUGUGGCCAUGGACCCCUCUCUCUCCCUCUGCCUCCUUUUCCCUGUUCUGCUUUAAAGGUUUACUGCCUCGAUCCCGGCACAAAGCCCCUCUGCUCCGCCGUAAUCCCCUUCUCCGCCUUAGUCACGGUGAAAUCGGCUCUAAUGGGUUUAGAGAGCCCUGCCUCUCCCUGGGUGGGUCCCUGCUUUGUGGGCCGGAUCAAGCAGGUGGACUGAGAAGAGGCAGCAGCUGUGAAAGCGGCCGCAUUGUGGGGCCUGCAGGUGACGAGGGCUUGGGUUUCCGCAGAGCGCUUGCACAUUCCUCGAUGUGCACACACACGCGAUGGUGGGAGGUGUGGAAAGGCAGAGCCCCCCCCCGGCCAGCUGUGCAGCUAGGAUGUUCAGAAGAUGUGCUUGCCAAAAGGGCGAGGGACGUUCCCCAAACCCCCCUGAGGUUCCCAUGUCCAGCCCAGAGGUCAUGAUCCCAGAGCCCCCCAGAGCUGCCUCCAUGGCUCUCAAAAGAAAGUCCAGGAUGGUUUGGCUCCGCUUCUGCGGUUGGAUGCCUCAGUUCGUCUGAAUCCCAAUUGCUGGAAACCGCAGGAGAAGAGAGUUGCUCUUGUGCUCGGAUCCUGCUUGCAGGUUUCCCCUUGGGGCAUCUGGUUGGCCACUGUGAUUUCAGGAUCCUGGACAAUAUGCUCCCCUUCCCUUAGGCCUGAUGCAGCCGGCCGUCCUUCGGUCCUUAUGAAAGUCAAAUAUUCCAGAAGGGGAGAGACCACAGGACUAUAAAGCAGAGGCAAAUCAGACUUGACUGCCUAGGGCAUGGGUAGACAACCUAAGGCCCGGAGGCCGGAUCCGGCCCAAUCGCCUUCUAAAUCUGGCCCGCGGAUGGUCUGGGAAUCAGCAUGUUUUCACAUGAGUAGAAUGUGUGCUUUGAUUUAAAAUGCAUCUCUGGGUUAUUCGUGAGGCAUAGGAAUCCAUUCAUAUAUAUUUUUUCAAAAUAUAGUCCGGCCCCCCACCAGGUCUGAGGGACAGUGGACCGGCCCCCUGCUUAAAAAGUUUGCUGACCCCUGGCCUAGGGGUAGGUGAGCCCAGCCCACGGGGAAAGGUUUGCCUGGCAGCUAGCUGCUCGCCUGCCCUUCUCACAGGGACGCCUCUUUUGUCCUCUCCUGUUUGGGUUCUUCCUUGAGGCGCCCUUCUUCUUCCUCUUCUGCUGAUUCCAGGGUGCAUCCCUUUACAGUAGCCCCAGCAGGACUGGGGGUGGGCAGGCCCCCUUGUGACUUUGCGGCAGGCAUCCUUGCAGCCGGGCAGAUGGGCUGCGCUGUGUGUGGUUGAGCCAGGCAAGUGACUUUCCUUCCUUCCCACUUGGCUGCUGGCCCUGUUCCUUUGGGAUCCCCCCCCCGGCUGCUGGCCUUGGCAAGGGACAGCGGCUGGCCAAGCUCCCUCGCCACUGUGUCCGUCUUGUAAAUCCAAGUGCGCCUGGAGUCAGCCAAGGCUUUCUGUGAAUGACCACAGAGCGACAAGCCUGGCGGCCGGCCGUCUCCCGGUGGAUCUGGAGCACAGAGGGUUCCACGUUUGACCGGGGAAGGAGGGGAGCGUGCCUGGCUUUGCCCCCACACUUCCAGAAGCCCACAGCCUAGGAAGCUGCUGUCACAUUGCUUGCCUGUGAUUCCUCAGCCUUGACACAACCACGUUCCCCUUGAAGAAGAGGCUGUACCAGCAGCACAGACCUCCUAGGAGGCUUCUAGCUCCAGAAUCCUACAGCAUCCUUAAUCUUUGCACCGUUAACACAUCACCCCAAUCUCUGAGAGGCACCGGGGGUUCAAGGCGAUUACCAGGGUUUGGUUUCUGUGGAGUGGAGGUCAGCGGAGCCUGUGGUGUCAUAAUAAUAAUAAUAAUAAUAAUGAUAAUAAUAAUAAUAAUAAUAUUAUAAUAUAUUUAUACCCCACCCAUCUGGCUGGGUUUCCCCAGCCACUCUGGGUGGCUCCCAACCGAAUAUUAAAAAUACGAUACAGCAUUAAACAUUAAAAACUUCCCUAAACAGGGCUGUCUUCAGAUACAGUGAACGCUCGGGUUGUGAACGUGAUCCGUGCGGGAUGCGAGUUCGCAACCUGCAGCGUUCGCAACCCGCGGGUUGCGAUUUGGCGCUUCUGCGCAUGUGCAAAGCGCAAUUUAGCGCUUCUGCACAUGCGCAACCGCUAAAACCUGGAAGUUCCUUACUUCUGGGUUUCAGCGGUCCACAACUCGAAAAAAACGCAACCUGAAGCAUCUGUAACCCGAGGUAUGACUGUAUAUGGCUUUAGGAUAUAAUAAUAAUAAUAAUAAAUUUUAUUUAUAUCCCACCCUCCCCAGCCGAAGCCGGGCUCAGGGCGGCUAACAACAAUAAAAUAGUACAACAUACCAAAAUAAUUCAUUAUAAAAUUAACUCAAAUCAAACUGAUGGCAACCACUAGGCCAGAGCUCUGCGAAGAUUGCCAAAGGAGGGAGUCAGGCUGCGCCUGGGCAAAGGCCUGGUGGAACAGCUCUUUCUUGCAGGCCCUGCGGAAAGAUGUCAAGUCCCGCAGGGCCUUGACUUUAUUGAUAUGGCUUUAUUUGCACAUAUAUUCAACCUGAGCCUUGCAGCCUUAACACCCGACCAUCUCUUGUUUCCCUGUUAGUUGCGACUUUGGAUCCCGUGCGGAGCAAACAGGUCUCUGUGUCGCCAGCUUCCAACUCAGCUCAAACACCAGUCAGGCUAAGGUCCUCCUACCUGGCAGACAGGUGAGGGGGCUGGAGGAAAGGCCCACCCCUUAGCCUGGAGGGCCCCCUCACUUAGGGGCAGCAUUUGCAGCCUGGCUCCUCCUUUUGGGAUGUUGAUGGAGACACCUGAGUGGCCAGCUAAGGUUACCAUCUUACAAAGAAGCUUGUCUGACCAGUUCAACAAUAGACUAUUCUAUCAUAACCCUCACGGAGUAAAAGACCCCAAGAAUUGGAAAGGACUCAGGGCAUCAUCCAGACUGGCUCCCCCAAACCCAUAAUAGUAUCUUGGCUCACUUCCAAGCCUGCCAGAGCCUUGUUCUGACCUCUUAGGCAGUUCUUCCUGAUGUUGGAGCCUGACGAUAAGGGCUGUUCGACAGAGGAACAGUCUUGGGAGAUGGUUUUUAAGCAGAAAUUGGAUGGCCAUCUGUCAUGGAUGCUUCAGCUGAGAUUCCUGCAUUGCAGGGGGUUGGACUGGAUGACCCUCGGGGUCCCUUCCAACCCUACAAUUCUAGGAAGUGGGUGUGACUGUAGUGGAGCAUCUGUGUAGGAUUCAGUGUGGCAGCCAAGUGGUUGUGUGGGGUUGGUGCUGUGUGCGACAACAGCAGCUCGAAUUUUAUUAGCUCAGAGAUGGAAAUGCCAAAGAUGGAACAGGGGCAAGAAAAAUGGAUGGAAUGUGCCGAAAUGGCGAAGCUGACUGAAAGACUUAAAGAUAAGGACAAGAGAGACUUCAAAAAAGUUUGGGAACCUUUCACAGUGGACGCUCAGGUUGCAAACGUGAUCCGUGCAGGAUGCACAUUUGCAACCUGCAGCAGCGCGUCUGCGCAUGCGCGGGUUGAGAUCCGGUGCUUCUGCGCUUGCGCAAAGUGCGAUUUAGCGCUUCUGCGCAUGUGCAACCGCCGAAACCCGGAAAUAACUCGUUCCUGUACUUCCGGGUUUCGGCGGGUGCGCAACCCGAUAAAACGCAACCUGAAGCGGCUGUAACCUGAGGCGUGACUGUAUGAUGUAUAUACAGAAACAAUGUGGCGAAAUGGACUCACUUGCAGGAUUUGACUAAGAUGCUUACAAUUAAUAGACAUAAACAGAAAACAUAAAUCUGAGGUUAAAAUGUUAAGAAUAGAAUAAUAAGGUAUAAUUUCAAUUUCAGUAUAUAAGGGAUUUGACAUUACAAGCAGAAGAAAUGAAUAUGUUAUAAAUCAGAAAGGGAAGUUUGGGGAAGUCGCCCGGGGGGGGGGCAGGAAUUGAAAACGUAAUUUGUGAUUCUUUUUAUUAGCAGUGAUUAUGUUAAAAUUUGUUGCAAAAUCUUAAUAAAAAUAUAUUUUUUAAAAAAAUACAGUGUAAAAGGCACCAGCCCCUGUGCCAGAGGAGCUCAGGAAUUGUGGGUGGGGUCAUGAGCCACCGUUGUGGUGAAGACGUUUCACAACCGGGCCUGCUCUUUGCCAGAGGGUGCACAUGCGCAUUCAGCCCUCUGGGCAUUCCGGGCAAAGCAGUCUCUUCCGUAGAUUUAAAUGAAUGCAAAAUGCAAAACCUGGGUUUCAAGUGCCAUUUGCAGAAUCAACCAUGGAUGGCCUGACUAGUUUUGCAGCUUCUUUCGUCGUUGACACUGCAAAUGCUGUUUUGUAAGCAUUCUAUUCAAUCUUUACUGUAUUUAAAUAAUCAGUGGCUUGGUAUAUGAAAUGCAGGGUUUAAACGCCCAUUCUAGAGCAAAAACUUCCCAAGGGUGGUUGUUAUAUUACAGCCAACAACAUUUCUCUCUUGUAUUUUCUUCAAUAUAAUUUUAUAGACUCUAGGUGCAAGCCACUGUUUACCAUAGCAUUUUGUCUGGACCUGGGGCUCCUGGCUUGUCUCGCUCUAGAGGGGCUAUUGACUAUAGAUAUGGUUUGUUCUUGGUUUCCCACUUGUGGUUUGUGAAACAAGCUGGGUUCAGACCUAAUGCCAAGCCGAACCGUGGUUCAACUCACAGCUGUGCAGUGACAGCAGAGCUGCAAGGAGCACAAAGUGAUUGCAACCUGGUUGCCUUUGUGUUAGGUGCCGAUCCGCUCACUGGGAAACCAAAAUAAGUGAUAGUCCCACUCUAUUCUGCCUCGGUCAGGCUCACCUGGAGUCAGGGCCGGAUUCAGGUUUGAUGAGGCCCUCAGCUCCUGAAGGUCAUAGGGCCCUUUAUAUGUCCAGCUGUCCUUUGUCAACAACAAACUGUCACUGUUUUUGUGUGUUGAAUAUGUGCUCUAUGGCAAUUGAUGGACCUAAUAGGUAUCUCAAGUCAUUUGCACGUAACAGAAUGUGUCUUUUAUCAAAGUAACUGUUGAACUGAAAUACAGUUAAGAAGAAGUAUAUUAAUAGUGAAAUACUAUUAAGAAGUUUACACCAGUCCAUGCAGAAUGUAGGCACCCUAUAUAUAGAAAGGAGCAAACUAGUGAUAUUUGAGGGAGCAGGCUAGCAGGCGGGGCCCAUGACUUACAUCAUAGGAGCCUACACAACAUAUUUGUUUUUUAUCUUAUAUUUUGGAAAUGUACAUCCAAGUUUCUUUUUCUUUAAAUUUUUUUUGGGGGCCCCCAAGAGAGUGGGGCCUUGAGCUAUAGCUUGUUUAGCUUAUACGUAAAUCCAGCACUGCCUGGAGUCCUGUGUCCAAUUCUGGGCGCCACAAUUUAAGAAGGAUGUUGACAAGCUGGAAGGCGGGCAGAGGAGGGCGACCAAGAUGACACAGGGUCUGGAAACUGAGCCUGAUGAGGAACGGUUGAGGGCUUUGGGGAUGUUUAGCCUGGAGAAGAGAAAACAGAGAGGUGAUCUGAUAGCUACCCUCCAAUACCUGAAGGUCUCCACCGGGGGAGAUGCAGCCACUUGCUUUCUGCUCUUCCAGAGCUGUUUGACAGUGGAACAGACUCCCGUGGAAAGUGGUAGACUCUCCUUCGUUGGAGGCUUUUAGGAAGUUUGGGUGGCCAUCUGCUAGGGAUUCUUUCGCUGUGCUUUCUUCAUGGAUGGGGUUUGGACUAGAUGACCUUUGAGGUAUCCUUCUGUUACGGAAAAAUCUAGGUGCAAAGCUCCUCAGUCCCCCAGCUGGUCGGGCAUAGCCCGCGGGUCCCUGUGGAAUAAAGGAAGGAUUCCAGCCAACUGGAGCAAAUAGCUGUAGACGAAAGUUUAUUGCGCAAUAGGUUCAAAGAGCAAAUUUUGAACCCCGAAGAUGGGGUGACAAGGACUUUUAAAACUUCCCCACCACAUCCCAGAAUACAGUUCGAAGGGGAGGGGUUAACCUUGGCAAACGUAUCCAGACAAGUCCUUGGUACAAGAUUAGCAUAAGCAGACAUGGCAGGGCAAGACUCAGGUAUAAGAUGACUCAGGUAUAAGAUCAAGGGAAGUAAUAGUGCCACUGUAUUCUGCUCUGGUCAGACCUCACCUGGAGUACUGUGUCCAGUUCUGGGCACCACAGUUCAAGAAGGACACUGACAAACUGGAACGUGUCCAGAGGAGGGCAACCAAAAUGGUCAAAGGCCUGGAAACGAUGCCUUAUGAGGAACGGCUAAGGGAGCUGGGCAUGUUUAGCCUGGAGAAGAGGAGGUUAAGGGGUGAUAUGAUAGCCAUGUUCAAAUAUAGAAAAGGAUGUCACAUAGAGGAGGGAGAAAGGUUGUUUUCUGCUGCUCCAGAGAAGCGGACACGGAGCAAUGGAUCCAAACUACAAGAAAGAAGAUUCCACCUCAACAUUAGGAAGAACUUCCUGACAGUAAGAGCUGUUCGACAGUGGAAUUUGCUGCCAAGGAGUGUGGUGGAGUCUCCUUCUUUGGAGGUCUUUAAGCAGAGGCUUGACAACCAUAUGUCAGGAGUGCUCUGAUGGUGUUUCCUGCUUGGCAGGGGGUUGGACUCGAUGGCCCUGGUGGUCUCUUCCAACUCUAUGAUUCUAUGAGCAUAGACAAAUAUGUCUUAAGUACCCACCACCCAAAAGUACAAUAGAAGUUCCUUUGCAUGUCUGGAGCCUGAGGCGAGUCAGGUGAUGAGAUUUGGCUUCCUUUGGCUAACAAUGAGCCCAGCAAUUGUCACCUCUGGGAACUUCCUGGAGUCCUUUUUCAAGGGGAAAAUAGCUUUGGAAUGGAGGAAACUGGGAAAGGAGAUGAUUUUAUAUUAUUUUUAAAGCUAGGUAACUUCCCUGAGCUGUCAAGUUGAAAGGAUACAUUCAGGAAUAAUAUUUGUAAUAUUUAAUUUAAUGAUGUGCUCCCCCCCGUAAUUCCCGUAACACCUUUGAACUCUACAAUUCUAUUCGUCUAUGACUCCCUGCUUUAGGCCUCUUUCUUCUAAGAUGUGACCGCUUGGUUUGGGAUGCAGUUCCUGCAGACGUCUCUUCCUGGAGCAGCUUUGACCCUCCUUCCCUUCCCUCUCUAAGGGACCUGGCCUUCCAUUAGACUUCAAAACUGCAGGCAGCUUCUCUCUUUUUAUACUUUUCAUUCUUUUCCGUUGCGUCUGGUGGUGUAUUCUUCUUCUUAAAAAUGGAUUUAUAAAUAAGUGUUGAUGCAGACCUUUCAUUUACCAGCCAGCAUCUUUAGGAAAUGUCAAAGCGUUUUGCUUUGAUUGCUGAACUUCUAAAAUAAAGAACCCUGAGGGUGCGAGAGGCAAGCGCUCCCCACAUGCAGAAACAUACCGUACUUUUCCUUGUAUAAUACUAAGGUUUUUUUUAACUAAAAAAUAAUGUUAAAAAGGGGGGUAGUCUUAUACACGGGGGCAAUCUCCCCCCAUUUUCUGAAUUUUGACUCUCCCAAAAUAGGGGGCGUCUUAUACACGGGGGCGUGUUAUUCACAGAAAAAUAUGGUAUAUAUUUUUACAGCAAUGUUGUCUAAUCCCAGGGGAGGCUUGCCCUCUAGUGGCCGCCCCAAGUACUGCAGACUCCCCCCUUUUAUUUUAGCAGGGUUUCUAUGUGGUCUUGAAACUCUUGCUAAAGUUAUGCAGAGUACUGUUCCGAGUAGUUCUGCUGGAGGAGAGGAAAGUGCUCUUGGGCAUCAUGAACAUCUGGAUCGCCACUGUGAGAAGAGGCCUGAUUCAUCAGGCUUUCCUUGUUUUUACACACAGACUUUAAAAAAAUGUAAGUACGGAUAAGGCGACUGGGCAGCCUUCCUUUGUUAUGGAUAUUGUGGCACAGAAUGACUGGCUGAUGUUGCUUCAAUGGGAGCAAAUGGCUGGAGACAAUGUGCUGGAGAUCUGUCCUGAGUAUAUUGAACAGAGGAGCAGAGCUUUAGAAGGAGAUGUACUCCCUGCCCCAUUCCACUUAGGGCUUGUUGUUGUUUAGUCGUGUCCGCCUCUUUGUGACCCCCUGGACCAGAGCAUGCCAGGCACUCCUGUCUUCCACUGCCUCCCGCAGUUUGGUCAAACUCAUGCUGGUCGCUUCGAGAACACUGUCCCACCAUCUCGUCCUUUGCUGUCCCCUUCUCCUUGCGCCCUCCAUCUUUCCCAACAUCAGGGUCUUUUCCAGGGAGUCUUCUCUUCUCAUGAGGUGGCCAAAGUCUUGGAGCCUCAGCUUCAGGAUCUGUCCUUCCAGUGAGCACUCAGGGCUGAUUUCCUUCAGAAUGGAUAGGUUUGAUCUUCUUGCAGUCCAUGGGACUCUCAAGAGUCUCCUCCAGCACCAGAAUUCAAAAGCAUCCAUUCUUCAGCGAUCAGCCUUCUUGAUGGUCCAGCUCUCACUUCCAUACAUCACUACUGGGAAAACCAUAGCUUUUACUAGACGGACCUUUGUUGGCAAGGUGAUGUCUCUGCUUUUUAAGAUGCUGUCUAGGUUUGUCAUUGCUUUUCUCCCAAGGAGCAGGCGUCUUUUAAUUUUGUGACUGCUGUCACCAUCUGCAGUGAUCAUGGAGCCCAAGAAAGUAAACCAGGGCAGGGGUGCCUAAACGUUUUUCAGAGGGCCAGAUUUGAUGAAGUGAAUGUGCAUGAAGUUGUUGAGCUUUUUUGGGGGGGAUUUAGGGGGAGAGUCCUUGAUGUAACUUGUGCAGGUGUUUGGAUACACAUUGCAGAGGCAGAGAAUUGACCGUGGAGCCUUCUUCCCCCAUGCCUGCAUUUCUGCAGUAAAACAUUUACAAAUAAACCCAAUGUAGUACUGCAAAAUCCCACAAGUCUCCAGAACACUCUCUUCCUCCUAAAGGGAGCCAGACCCGGGUCUUAAUGUCCCAGGAACUUCCCACUACUUGGGAGCAGCACAGAAGCAGCAGCUGCCAGGGCUCAUUCACCCAUGGGGGCUGGUGGCAGCUCAGCAGCCAGGAGAUGAGACUGGCCAGAAACAAGCCUUGCACACUGUUAAGUCAGGUAACUUUCCCGUUGAAAGAUGCAGCUUGAUAGAACCAUUGGCAACGAAUAACUCCUUUUGUUUUUAGAGGGAAGCACUUCAACUCUCAGAUAUGUUUCUGUGCUCCUGCAAUUUCAGAAAGUGUUUCAUGUUAAUACAUAGAUUAUAGGUUUGAUAAAGGUAAAGGGGACCCCUGACCAUUAGGUCCAGUUACGGACGACUCUGGGGUUGCAGCGCUCAUCUCGCUUUAUUGGCCGAGGGAGCCAGCGUACAGCUUCCGGGUCAUGUGGCCAGCAUGACUAAGCCGCUUCUGGCGAACCAGAGCAGCGCACGGAAACGCCAUUUACCUUCCCGCCGGAGUGGUACCUAUUUAUCUACUUGCACUUUGACGUGCUUUCGAACUGCUAGGUUGGCAGGAGCAGGGACUGAGCAACGGGAGCUCACCCCGUCAUGGGGAUUCGAACCACCGACCUUCUGAUCGGCAAGUCCUAGGCUCUGUAGCACAGCGCCACCCGCAUCCCUUAUUGGUUUGAUAUUUUAAUAUUAAUUUCUAGCCGCCAUUCUAAUGCAGAGUGAGGAGCAGAAGGAGCAGGUUCAUUUCAUCAAGUUUCAAAAGUUCACUUAUAAAAUAAAAGUUCACAUUGCAGGGGGUUGGAGACCCUGCAAUUCUGUUUUCUCUCUCACACUUUUGGCUGAUGCGCCUUCUAGCUCGGGCUAAGAUGUCAGGAGUGGGUCUUGCUUAUUUAUUUAUUUUAUUACAACAACAACAAUAAUAAUAAUAAUUUAUUAUUUAUACUCCGCCCAUCUGGCUGAGUCUCCCCAGCCACUCUGGGCAUACACUCUGGGUGUACAUUUAAUUAUAUUAUAAUUUUAUUUAUUACAUUGUAAACAUUGCAUUUAUCACAGGAGCCCGACUGCUCUCCCUCCUCUUGCAAGGGACUAGUGCCCUUUUUAUUCCAGGGGGUACUCAAGGGUGUGCAGUACCGGCACCUCUUUUGGUGUUGCCCAAAAGUGUGGCCCAGAGUACCAGCACCUCUGCUCUUAACCACAGUUAAUGCUAAGAGGGAUUGCAAGCUUUUGGAAAGCGUCCAGCUCUGCUUUCAAGUCCUGGCUAAGACAGGGAACCUCGGUCAGGAGCAACACUGGCUCGGGCCGUGCAGAAGUUUGCUCCGUAGUUAAGGCUCUUGCAGGAAGGUGAUCGUGGGAAGCCGAUUCCAUUGCAGGCAGGAUCCCGGUCAAGGGAAUAUUUGCCUGGCGAUCGAGGCUCUGGACUUGCCCUAAUCCCAUGAAUGUUUCUGCCUGCCUGGCUCUGCCACUCGCUUCUUUGGGUCUCCUGCGUUUGGGUACCGAACUGAAUCCUCUCGUGUCCAAUCCCUGCAGAACCUCCUUUUCCUUGGUCAGUGCAGAAUGUAAAUCGGACUCUUGGCACCACCAUCUGGCUGAAAACGGAAGGGCGGCUGCCGAUCCCUGCCUCGGACCGCACCUGGUAGCCGUGACUUGCAGGUUUCUGAAGUUUAGGGAUGGCCGUUUGCGAGGCUCUAGGAUCUGUAAGAAUGCCCUUUUGUUAGGGUUUUUGCUGGGUCUCGUUGAGAUCAGGCGUUUAACAACUGGCUUGCUGGACGAGAGACAGGAGACAGCGGUGGCAGCAAGCAUGGUUGGCAUCUGUCUCAGGAGACAAUGGAGGAAAGAAGGGAAACUAUUGGAAGUUUGCAGCGCCUGCUGUGGCCAUAGAGACCAAUGCGGGAGAGACAUGUUUUGUUGCAGCCGGGGCAGAGGAAGGUGUCCAGUGGGGCUUUUGCAGAUGCCCCGUGGCAUUUCUCCUCUCUGUUCCCCUUUAAUCAGUGGUUUUGUUUAAAGAAGGGACUGUACACUCAGGAGGAGAUUUAAGGGGACAGCCCUUUAGAUAUUUGAAGAUGGCUCUCGUAUCUCUUCUCAGUCUCUGCCUUUCCAGGCUAAAUAUACCCAACUCCUUCGACUGUUCCUCAUCAGGCAUUGUUUCCAGGCCCUUGAUCAUCUUACUUGCCCUCCUCUGCACACCUUAAAAGAUAAAAGGAAGGUCUUCUUCAUGCAUCACAUAGUUAGAUGGUGGAACUCAUUCCUGCAGGAGGCAGCGAUGAUCUCCAACGUGGGUGGCUGAAGGCUGGAGAAAUUUAUGGAGGAUCAAAGUCUAUGAAAGGCUACUAGCCGUGCUGGCUAUGCUCUGAAGACAGGAAUGCUGUCCUAGAUGGACCAUUGGCCGGAUCCAGCGGCCUCUUCUUAUGUUCUUAUAGAAUCACAGAAUGGUAGAGUUUGAAGAGACCCAGAGAGUCACCUAGUCCAACUUCCUGCAGUGCAGAAAUCAUAGCCAUGUUCUUUCAACAUUUAUUUUGGACUCACAGCUGUCCAUGGAGGCGCAGGUUAAUUCUGUGUCCAGGGCGGCUGUCUAUCUGGGACACAGGAUGAGGCCCUCCCUGCCCACAGACUGUCUGGCCAGAGUGGCGCAUGCUCUGGUUAUCUCCCCCUUGGACUACUGCAAUGCGCUCUACGUGGGGCUACCUUUGAAGGUGACCCGGAAACUGCAAUUAAUCCAGAAUGCGGCAGCUAGACUGGUGACUGGGAGCGGCCGCCGAGACCACAUAACACCGGUCUUGAAAGACCUGCAUUGGCUCCCAGUACGUUUCUGAGCACAAUUCAAAGUGUUGGUGCUGACCUUGAAAGCCCUAAAUGGCCUCAGCCCAGUAUACCUGAAGGAGCGUCUCCACCCCCACUGUUCUGCCCGGACACUGAGAUCCAGCGGUGAGGGCCUUCUGGUGGUUCCUUCACUGCAAGAAGCAAAGCUACAGGGAACCAGGCAGAGGGCCUUCUCGGUGGUGGCGCCCACCCUGUGGAACACCCUCCCAUUAGAUGUCAAGGAAAUAAGCAGCUAUCUUUAAAAGACAUCUGAAGGCAGCCCUGCUUAGGGAGAUUUUAAUGUUUGAUGUAAUGCUGUAUUGUUUUUUACAUUUGAUUGGGAGCCACCCAAAGUGACUGGGGAAACUCAGCCAGAUGGGCGGGGUAUAAAUAAAAUUAUUUAUUUAUUUAUUUAUUUAUUUGUUUGUUUGUUUGUUUGUUUGUUUAUUUAUUUAUUUAUUUGUAUAUCUAUCCUGCCUUUCCUCCCAGCCUCCUUUCUAAAUUUCAUCAUCAUGUUUGCCAGGGCUGCUGUGAAUUGUAGUUCAGCGCCUGGGGAGGUCCGGAUGCUCCCCACACCUACUGCAGUGCAAAAACCACCCUUUGGAGCUGGGCCCUGGGGGGCCUGCAGAAGCUGCCCACCCACCCUGCGUGGCAUCAGGGCCAGCCAGCCAAGCCUCCUCCUGGGCAUCUAGGGGCCUGGGCACGCCAUCCUUUGGUGUGGCACCGUUGCACCGGCACAGGAGAUUCAUGGCUGGUUGGUGGCACAUGGCUACGGCCGUGCUUCCCUGCUGACGCUCCUGCCUCCUGUCCCCAGGUGCCCUUUUCCCCAUCUGUGUCUCGUUUUGAAACUUGCUCAGCCCCUUGCGCUGCUGUGAGUGGAGCAGAACGCACACCCCUUUCCUCUCCCCGGAUCACGGACUGUAGGAUCAGCUUGUUAAUGAGGAAUUUGAAGAGCCGUGCAAAAUGCUCCCUGCGCACCUGUGAUCUCUCUCUGCAGCAGGAGAUAAGCUCAUUGUGCUGCCUUCAGCAUCUCUGAGAAUGAGGCCUUUCUCAGGUUCAGCGUUUGAGCAGGUAGGCUGUCGCCUGGUGAGGAAACUGGGGUGGCCCUUUCUCUGGGAGGGUGGAGGUACACGAUGGCACCCUUUGGGCCGAUCAGUCAGCAGUUGCUGAGUGGCAUAGUCAAGACCUGCAUUUUACCAGCUUCUUUACAGAGUAUUAUGAACGCCUUGUCAAAUGCUGCUGCUGAAUCAGGUAGGCUACAUCACUCGUUCCCUUCAUCUACCGGGCUUGUAAUUCUGUCAAGAACAGUCUGACAUGACUUAUUUUCGAAAUCCAUGCUGACUAUUAGUGAUCACCUUCCUAAGGUACUCCUGACUUUGUUGUAAUGAUCUGUAAAAAAUAUUCUGUGUGGACAUGUCAGACUGUUUAGAGGCAGUAAUUGGGACAUCUCUUCCUUUUUUGAAGGUAGGACGGCAUUUGCCUCACUUCCAGUCUGGAGACUCGCCUGAUGGUCUCAAGAUGACCUUGUGGUUUCUGGUCACCUCUGCCAGUUCUUUGCCUUCUUGCGAUGCAGUUCCCUCUGGCCUGGAAGACAGUAUCCUGGAAACUAGCCAGCUAUUCUUGUACUUAGCCUCUCCUUGGUGUCUGGGCUGUCUUCUAGCUGAAUCAUUUGCUCCAAACCAGGCAUUCUUUCCUUUAUCGGAGAGACUGUGAACUUGAAGAACGAGGAGUUCAGCUCUUUCUGUGUCCUAUUUGCAUUUCUGCAUCUUCUCACAAGUGACCCCAUCUCACUGUUCUUCCUUUGCCUGACAUACCCAUAAAAAACCUUUUUGAUAGCAACCUCUCUAGCAAGCCUGAGUUCAUUCUGUGCUGCUUUUCUGGCUGUGUCUACGCAUUAGCUGGCUAUUUGUUUGAAUUCCUCUUUGAUGGUUUCCCCUUUCCAUUUUGUACGCAUCCUUUUUAAUCUUAACUCAGUUAAAGAAGUUCUUGGGCGGCCGCCACAGCCUGGCAUAGGCACCUUCCUGUUUCUGUCUCAUUGGUGUGCCUGAGUGUCUUUAUAUCUCCUGUAACAAACUCCCAGCCAUCAUGACUCACUACCUGUAUAUCAUGGGAUCGCAGCUACAAGUUUUAUGAAGUCAGCUCAUGGGUCAGAGUGAGUCUGAGCAAUAGCGGCUGCCUUUCGCUGUAUGUGAAGCCGGAAGGCAUGAUGCUGAAAAACCAGCUACUUGCUAACAGAUUAAAUCAACAUUGGUUAGGACCAGUCUAUGGCUGUUCCUGUUUGCUUCUCCCUUUCUGGACAAUGAGGUGUCUACAGGAGCUAGUGAAAGUCUGUUUGACCUUGUAUCUUAUUUGAGUUUGACAUCAACAGAUAUCGGGUGGUGAAGUCUAUUAUACUAUCUCCUUCCUUUGCAUGCUUGGCACCAUCUGUUCAGAGAGGCAUCAUCUAACAAUCCUCCAUUUGUGGAUCUGUAAAUACGCAAUGGUCUGUUAUUCUUCUCUCCUUCUCAUACAACUAGGUUCUAGGCGCGGAUGCUCGCUGGCUAUACACAUCAUAAUACUCCUCCUCACUCAACCUGUGCAGUCUCCGACCUGCAGGGUGGUGUAGUCCCCGAUAUUACAUUCAGUCAUGCUAUCCCACCCGAACCGUGACCUAUUAUAUAAUCAUAUUUAGUUACAACAUUGCCAAACAAAAUGUCUUUAUUUCCCGUAGCUGCGUGUCUUGCAGACAGAGUCCGUGUCGACCGUGACUCUUAUUUGGGUUUCCUCCGCCGCAGUGCAGGUGCUGUUUAGCCAUUUGGAUGAUCAUCUUCGUCAGUGAUAGACUCUACAUCGGAACAGCGCCUCCGUGUCCGGUGAAGCUAUGCGUGGUUUCUGGGCACGGCAGCCUUCAUCUGGCCGUGAAGUGCGGCCAUCCUUGCCAAUCAUCUUCAGAAGGCUUUGCAGUCACGUCUAAGAAUCCCAGGCGAACCACUGUUACACCAUUUAGCGAAGCCAUUUGUUCACUCACUAUUUUCCUAUACUCCCAGACUAUAGGCUGGAGACAGAUGGAUCACAGUGUGCAUUUAGUGCUUGCUUACUCCAGGGGUGUUAUUAUUUCCUGACUCUAGACUCCCUAGCCCAGAGUUGGAAGGGACCCCAAAGGUCAUCCAGUCCAACCCCCCCCACAAUACAGUGUUGGGAUGCUUCCGGGGAGACGGGGGCAUUUGGUAGGCCCCCCAGCUGGCUCCAGCCAGUGGCCGGCAGCCGGGCAAACUCUGGUUCUUGGAACAGCAUCAAUCAGCGAUCAAGCCUCCAAAACUUUCAGAAUUUGAGCACGCUCUUAUCAGCAGAGUGAAUCAAUCUUCUCACAACGGAAGAGGUGGACAGAGACAUGUGUAAGCUUAUUUACAGGGGUUUAUUCAGCAGGGAUGUGGGCGGUGCUGUGGGUUAAACCACAGAGCCUAGGACUUGCCAAUCAGAAGGUCGGUGGUUCGAAUCCCCGCGACGGGGUGAGCUCCCUUUGCUCGGUCCCUGCUCCUGCCAACCUAGCAGUUCGAAAGCACGUCAAAGUGCAAGUAGAUAAAUAGGUACCACUGGUGGGAAGGUAAAUGGUGUUUCCGUGCGCUGCUCUGGUUCGCCAGAAGCGGCUUAGUCAUGCUAGCCACAUGACCCGGAAGCUGCACGCCGGCGCCCUCGGCCAGUAAAGCGAGAUGAGCGCCGCAACCCCAGAGUCGUUCACGACUGGACCUAAUGGUCAGGGGUCCCUUUACCUUCCCUUAACCUUUCAUCAGCAUAGUUCAGGAACAAAGGGAAAAACAUGUCUGCUUCCCUUCGUGUCCAAGCAAACAGCAGUACAGCAAAAGCAAUAUACAGCGGAAGUUUCCAGCAGACUGUGCUGGAAGUUAACAGACAUGCGACAUACAACAACUCGACAAGCCUGUUCUGAAGGUGGAAUGGAACUAUAUCCCAACAUACAGGAAUUGCAACUGAAGCUUCCAUGAGAGAGGGCCACCCAAGCUCUGCUUAAAACCCUCCAAGGACCGCAAGCCUGGAUUCUUCUGUCACCCCAUUUCAGUCUCCCAAGUGGUGCGAGUCCAGGGGUUCCUUUGCUUAUUUGGGGUUCGGUUUCUUGGCAUGAAGGUUAGGGGAGACCAUGGUGUUUUUAGGGUAUAUGGUCCUAUUUGCACGUAUGUGCAACCUGAGCACGAUAGCGGAGGGGCUCACAGCGUCAGCACCCCCAAAAUUGGCCGGGACUCAGGGCAUCAUCCAGACUGCCCCCCCCAAAAAAACCCCAAUGUUAUUAUCGAUGACCAUGCAUUUUGAAAACCUAAACCAUACGAUUAUAAAGUUUGGAACAAACUCCCAAGGCAGCCAGCAAUAAAUAUUAUUACAGAGUGGGGAAAGCAAAACCCUUAAAAUAUCACAGAUUAAAUUCCAGGCCCCCUCAGAAUGGAAGAAAGGAAAAAAGCUGCCUCAGCAGCGGAAAGUAAUAAAGCACCAAGUAAAACUGUCUGUGCAGAAGUUUUCCACAGAUAAAAAGCAGGCUGCUGUUCUUUGGCAAUUUUAAUAGUGCGAGUUUUGUCAGUUCCUCUGGUGGGGGGGUGUGUCGGUGGGCUUGUGUCGGCUGCUGGGAGGCUCCUCAAAAGAGAUGGAGGCCUGCAAGGGAUGGAUAUUCAGGAUGAGACCCGGCUGUUUCCAGGGCCUGAGGCCGUGUGUUUGGCCUCUGCUCCAUUAAAGGAUCACUGGGAUUUUGUCUCUGGCUGGGACAUGCCUGCUACUGGAUGAUGAUGAUGAUGAUUGCAUUAAUUACCCCCCCCCAUCUUUUCCUGAGGAGCUCAAGGUGGUAACAUGGCUGUUCCCCUCCUCACUUUAUCCUCACAAGAACCCUGUGAGGAAGGUUUGGCUGAGAGGCAGCGAUUAGCUUCCAAGGGCACCCAGUGAGCUCCAUGGCUGGGUGCGGAUUCGAACCCUGGUCCUUCUCCCAGGUCCUUCUCUGACACUCUAACCACUAUUCCACACUGCCUCUUAUCUAUCUAUCCACGCCUUUUCUGCCCCAAAGUGGUAUUAAACAGCGUAUUAAAACAAUAUAUACUGUAGAGCACAGUUAAAUGUCUUAAAUCAGUCAGAAGGCAAAACAGUUGCAGCCAGUUGGAAGCCUUCCUGAGCUUCCAGGAUCACUGAGCGGGGCUUUUACCAGCCCCUAAAUCCCUCAGGGUUUAGGCACUAGAAACCUGCGUAGACGGUGAGAAAAGCAAAGAAAGCUGACCCCCGGCAAGAAGAAUUAAGGGCCUGGAGAUUUUCUAAGCGUGCCUAAAGGUAAAGGGACCCCUGACCAUUAGGUCCAGUCGUGAACGACUCUGGGGUUGCGGCGCUCAUCUUGCUUUACUGGCUGAGGGAGCCGGCAUACAGCUUCCGGGUCAUGUGGCCAGCAUGACUAAGCCGCUUCUGGCGAACCAGAGCAGCGCACGGAAACGCCGUUUACCUUCCCGCUGGAGCAGUACCUAUUUAUCUACUUGCACUUUGACGUGCUUUCGAACUGCUAGGUUAGCAGGAGCAGGGACCGAGCAAAGGGAGCUCACCCCGUCGCGGGGAUUCGAACCGCCGACCCAAGGCUCAGUGGUUUAGACCACAGUGCCACCCGCGUCUCCCAUGUUUAUGUUUAAAUUUCUAUCUAGCAUAGCACUUAUGCAGUCAGGCCAUCUGAUUCUGAACACUUAGAAAGAGACACAAAAAUCUUAGGAAAGUUUAAAAUCUCUCUUCUCCCCCCCCCAACCCCCUUGGGGUGUUGUUCAGAGAGGAAGCCACAAGAUGGCGCUGAGGGGUUUGCGAAUCAGACCCCAAUGGGGGAUUUCUGCUUCUGUGCCGCACACUCCAUACGGAAGUGGUUUUCCUUCUAUGCUUCCAAGGUGUUCGACUGCAAUGCUCCCAUAAUGCUUGGCUUUCCCAUGAAUGCCUCACCUGGAAAUGCGUCAGUUUGGCUUGGGGACAGAAGUAGAAAGAAGGAUCUGCCAUGAUGUUUGACCUUUUCCUGUUAGGCAAAGAUCAUGAGACGACCCGGAUGGUCACCAGAUUCUGUGUACAGAUCUGUAGGCGCAGACCAUCCCCUGACCCAAACUAGUUCGUUAAGAAAAUCUCCAAACUCGGUUCCAUGGGUGACUCUGGGUCAUCUCUCUGCGGUAGCUUAUCUUAAAGUUUUAGGUGUCUAUACGCUUAUCGCAUUUAUAAAUUUUAAAUUUACUGUUGUACAUUGUUUUAAAUGUUUGUUUUCCUUCUGGGAUUGUACCCCAAGUGUGUUUUAUAAGCUGGUCUCCGACCGUAAUAAAUUAUGUAAUCUAAUCUGCCAUGAUGCUGGCAAGAGGGGGAAACGAGCAACUGCCUUCAUUGGGAAGAGUUUUUUGGGGGUGGGUGUAUAACAGGGGCCAGCAAACUUUUCCAUCAGGGGGCUGGUCCAUUGUCCCCCAGACCUUGUUGGGGGCCGGACUAUAUUAGGGAGGGGGGAAAACAAAUUCCUAGGCCUCACAAAUCACUGGUGGAGGAAGAGGAGUGUGGGGGAAGCGCAGUGCCCCUGGCAGCGCAAUCCUGGUGGGGUGCCAUGAGGCUGCCCCCCCGCCUGCGCAGGGGGACAUGCCCCCAGGAUGAACACCAGCCCCGCCUGCUCUCUGCCACUGCCACAAAUAACCCAGAGAUGCAUUUUAAAUGCAGUCAUACCUCGGGUUGAAGUAGCUUCAGGUUAAGCAUUUUCAGGUUGUGCUCCGCAGCGACCUGGAAGUAACGGAGCGUGUUACUUCUGGGUUUUGCCACUUGCGCGCGCGCAGACGCUCAAAAUACAUGCACAGACGCGGGUUGCAUUCACUUCAGGAUGCAAACGGGGCUCCAGAAUGGAUCCCGUUCACAUCCAGAGGUACCACUGUACUUCUGUAAAAACACCAGGCAGGCCCCACAAAUAACCUAAAGAUGCCUUUUAAAUAAAAGGACACAUUCUACUCAUGUAAAAAACACCAGGCAGGCCCCAUAAAUCACCCAGAGAUGCAUUUUAAAUAAAAGCACACAUUCUACUCAUGUAAAACAUCCUGAUUCCUGGACUGUUCGUGGGCCGGAUUUAGAAGGUGAUUGGGCCGGAUCGAGCCCCCGGGCCUUAGUUUGCCUACCCAUGAAGUAUAAGGUCUUCCACCUUAAAGGAUGUGCUCAACAUAAAAGAAAAGAAAGUGCCCGGUGUCGAAACAAGCAUGAUCAAGUAUUCCAAAAGGACUGGAGCAAAUUCAUUCGAUAUUUGAAAGAUCACUGUAAACAGUUAACAUCACAUCUGAAGACUCGUAAUGAGGAGGUUUUUUUUUACCUUUUUAUAUUCAAGUAAAUUUUAACGUCCUAAGUAAUGAAUGGAUUAGAAUUGGAAAAUGUAAAAAAUGCAAUGAUACAAAGGUUGACUAUGAAAACCAUGAGACGAGAGGGGAGGAAGGAGAUUGGCUGUAAGGAGCCGGAGGGACAAAGUGGAUCAGAAUGAUGUGAAUGUAUAUUAUUAAAUGGAAAACCUAUAAAAAUUAAGAAAAGAAAAGAAAAAAGUACCCGUGUGCCUGGGUUAGCAGUUGGGGGGCGCGUGAAAAACGGCCCAAGCUGUCCGGGCAAGGCCUGGAUGGCGUCAGAGAGGAACGUGAGCCAAGCUGGGAAGGAUUUUUAAGGGAUUAUGGGAUGUCCUGGGACUGAAUCGCAAGAGGGUAAUCCACGCUCACUCCUAGAGAGGAGCCACAGCCCACAUGCAGAGGACACGUGAACUGGACUGCCCUGGCCGGAAAAAAGCUCUUUCUCCACAGGAAUGUCUGAGGACCAGAUCUGUGGUCAAGGUGCAAAUUCAGGAUUCGGGGGGUAGGGUUGCCCCUGUGGCGUGAUGGAGGGUUGGGGAGAGGGAGAACUGAGUGCUGCCCGUUAGGGCGGUUCAUAAAUUAUUAUUUUUUGUUUGAAAAUGCAUGCUGCAAAGGUCUUAUCUUACUCCAGUAGGGAUUGUAUAGCUGUAUCUAAACUUUCAUGCAUAUCAGUUAAUAUCGUGACCCUCCUCCACUGAACUGAAAUUUCAGCCUUCGCGACAUAGGAAAACGGCCAAGUAAGCAGCUAUUUUCAUCACUUUAUGACCGAUUCAGCUUUAUUUUGCAGGAAUUGCAUUUUUUUAAAAAAAGAACAAUACAAGAUGCAGAAUACAAAUUGAUACAACAAAAAGCAGUACUUAAAAAAAAUCCUUUUAAUGAUGAUAGUAUUGAUAUUUAGAUCAAAAUGUGACUCAUAUGAUCCUACGACAAUUCUACAUUUAAGCAACUGGAUAGGGGAAUGUUGAAUACCAACUUUUAUUAUGACAUAACUUAAUACUAAUAAUGACAUGUAAAGUUGCAUUUACAUUACUUCAAGAAUAAAAAAAUAAAAUAAAGCUGUGAAUGUGAACUAUUAUGGGACAAAAUCCUUCUUUGAUUCCUGUUUCGGGUAUUUUGCCCGAUUCUCCAUUGAUGUCUUUAUAGUUACAUCACGUCGCUUCAUACCAACUACAUUCUGACUUGCUUUUGUCACCUCCUUGACAGCUCUCUCCACCAUUUGUGCGUGACACUUAAAUUUAGGUGCCCAUGCAUACAUGGUGGGCUGGGUGUGCAUACGAGAAAUUCCCUGAAGAGAGGAGAGCUCUAUGUCAGGAAGAAAAACAGGCUUGAUGGUGUUUGGUUUUGUGAGAACGUUCAGGGAUGCAGGAGAGGAUAUAUUGUCUGAUUAUAGCCUUUCCAACUUGUGUUAACAAGUUCACAAUUUAGCAGAGUAACAUUCCCCUUUGUAAACUGACAGCGGAUGUGUUUGCUUAGGCUUGCUAAAGCCUCUAUAAUAACCCUUUUUGUUAUUUUCUCCUUAUUCCCUCAUAAAAGAUAAGAUAUGACACAGUCUUCUAUAAAAGUAUAAAAAGGUUUACUCACACAUCAUUCUGUUCACAAUCGGAUCCCAGAAGGCAGACUUGUCUUAGAAAAGUAACACAUACCUAGAAACUAUCUCAUAAGGAGACAGUCCCUCUGGAAGCCAAGAGAGCAUCUUUGGCUAAGCAGAUGUUGCUUCUUUGAUGCAUGUAGUCAAAGAGAGAGAGGUGGCUGCCCUGCCCUGUGCUUUACUCGUUACCUGCACAGGUGAGGCCACGCCCACCUCUAGUCACAUGCAGAGGAAGUCUGUCCCAGCCCAGAAGGAAACAGGAAGUUGACCUGCUGGCUGGACAAACAUUCCUCCCCAUGUGUAAACAUAUUCAUUCUAGGAAUGUUGUACUUGACUGCUCUUGUGUUUCACAUCCCACGGGUUUUUGGAUACAGAAAGCUUUGUUUCCCCACCCCACCCCCUCUUGCAACGAGGGAGCGUUCAAAAAUGCCAAACUUCAAUCUAUGGCCUGAAAUAGUGUCCGCCACCAAAAACAAACCCUCCUGGCUUGAUUCUGCUGCAUGUCUAAAGAGCCUAGUGUAGAAUUUUAGAGUUGGAGAGGGACCUCUUGGGGCCAUCUAGUCCAACCUCCUGCAGUGCAGGAAUCUCAGCUAAAGACUCCCUGGCAGAUGGUCGUCCAACCUCUGCUUAAAGGAAGGAGAGCCCACCACCUCCCGGUUUAACUGUGGAACAGCUCUAACCGCCAGAAAGUUCUUCCUGAUGUUGCAUCAGAAUCUCCUUUCUUUGCAACUUGAAGCCCUUGGUUUGAGUCCUACACUCCAGAGCAGGUGAAAACAAGUCUCUUCCUUGUGACAGCACAUUAGAUAUUUGAAGAUUGCUCUCCUAUCCUCUUUUCCAGGGUAAACAUACCCAGCUCCUUCAACCGUUCCUCAUAAGGCACCAGCCAGCAAGAGAAAUAUUCUGCUUGCUUUAAACUGGUCCCUGGCGUGGUUGCAAAGUAUAGCGCAGCUUUCUGACCUCCAGUGCCAAGGGGAAGGUCUGCUCCUAACUCUUCCUCUUUUCCUUCAGAUGCAAAAGUUGCUGUCGGUCUUUUCUCCUAAAAUAACAAGCUGUCUGGGCUUGGCUUUGCAUUGAGCAUUCUGCUUAAUGAGGCUUAAUAAAGAUUUUUUAUUUUUUUUAACAGAAAGGUAGACCUUGAACAGCAUUUGCUAUUUUAGGAAAAAAAUCGUUGCAAGAUUGCUGACUCCCCCUGAAUGGAAGAAUUUGGUGGGAACAGGAGGGCUGUGUGUGUGUGUGUGUGUGUGUGUGUGUUUGGGACAGGGGUUUGAGGGCUGGGAGAAAGAUGCUGGCAGGAUCCCCCCCCCCCCGACCCACGUGUUAGCGCUCCCUUUGUUGCAUCUUGAAAAUCUCCGGCAGGGAGCAGAGUGUCACAUUCGUUGGGCAUGUGAUUUUAAAAAUAGUUUCCCAAAAAUAACUUCAAACCAUCCCAUAGGGCUCUUUUUUUUCCAGAGGCAUGUUUAUUUAACAGCACUUUAAAAAACCAAAAAAAACCAAGGCAGCAAUGUAAGAACCUCGAAAGGAGUUCUUCCUGCCUGCUUUCCCCUUUUCUCCUACACUGCUCUUGUGGGAGAAAUUUCGGAAUUCCUUUCCCCUCCCCUUCCAAGUUCUGCUUUUCCACAGCAGACUUCUGGUUUAGUUUUUUUUAACCUGGAAGGCUGACAUUCCAGAGAAACCAACAGCCUCUCCCCCCCACCCCCCGUAUUAAUUUAUUUGCAAUAUUUAUAGUCUCUUCUUCAUUGAGUGUUUUCAGUCCCAGAGCAGGGAACAAAGUCAUAAAAAUAAACAGAGGAAAGCAACAUACGGAAAGUUCUGUUGCCAUUUUUUCUUGAUUUUAUGGUUUGAGGUUUGUCUUUGUUACAGUCUAGCAAUGUAUACAUUUUAAGAAAUAAAAUAAAUAAAUUACGAAGCCACGUAGACAGGACCAAGAAACGACCAAAUGAUUCUGUUACAAGACGCACAAGCAAAAUUACAGCAACAUCAAUUAAUAUUUCCAAUUUAAUUUAAAACUGCAGUUGUCUGGCUCGCGGCUUAACACUUCCAGAAUGCAGCUGGCUGUGAAUUGGGGUCAAUGUCCUUGAGCCAUUUGUUUUGGGAUGGUUUGUCUGUGCAUUGAUACGCUUUCAGGAUGGGGGGGGGGGGAGAGAGGAGAGUCCUUUUGAGGAGCAUACACUAAUCUUUCUUUCCAGUUCGAGAUGGGUUAGGCCAGGGAUGCCCAAACCUUUUUCAAAGAGGGCCAGAUGUGAUGAAGUGAACAAGUGAACGAUUUUACCCAAAGUUGUUCAGCUUUUAAAAGAAUUUAAUUGUUGAGCUUUUUGAGGGAUUUUACCACAGGAAAUAGAGAUGCGAGUGGCGCUGUGGGUUAGACCACAGAGCCUAGGGCUUGUGGAUCGUAAGGUCGGCAGUUCGAAUCCCUGUUUCCAUGCGUUGCUCUGGUUCGCCAGAAGUGGCUUAGUCAUGCUGGCCACAUGACCUGGAAGCUGUACGCCGGCUCCCUCGGCCAAUAAAGCGAGAUGAGCGCCGCAACCCCAGAGUCGGCCACGACUGGACCUAAUGGUCAGGGGUCCCUUUACCUUUAAAGGGUAUUUAGGACACGGGUGGCACUGUGGUCUAAACCACAGAGCCUAGGGCUUGCCGAUCAGAAGGUCGGUGGUUCGAAUCCCUGCAAUGGGGUGAGCUCCCGUUGUUUGGUCCCAGCGCCGUUACCUUCCAACCUAGCAGUUUGAAAGCACAAAGUGCAAGUAGAUAAAUAGGUACCUUCUGGCGGGAAGGUAAACGGCGUUUCCGUGCGCUGCUCUGGUUCGCCAGAAGCAGCUUAGUCAUGCUGGCCCCAUGACCCGGAAGCUGUACGCUGGCUCCCUCGGCCAGUAAAGCGAGAUGAGCACCGCAACCCCAGAGUCGGCCACGACUGGACCUAAUGGUCAGGGGUCCCUUUACCUUUUACCCCAGGAAAUAAACUGCCACAGGGGCCGGAUUAAACCGAACAGCGGGCCGCAUUAGGCCCCCAAAGCGGACUUUGGACAUGCCUGGGUUAGGCAGAGGAGAGGGAACGCACUGGGAUAGACCCACCCCUCCAUCUAAGUGGCCUGGGGAGGCUUCGAUUAUACCUCACCUAUCAAGAGGGACUAGAAACUUGAUCUGUCGCCUGACAACUGGGCUCUUUGUGCAGGGCUCUUCGCGUACACAUAGUCUCAAAAGGCAAAAGUGCGCUGAAUGGGUGCAAGGCUGACUCUCCUGAGCACCAGAUUUCAGUAGUCAUUUCUGAGUUACUCUGGAGGAGGCAAAAAACAGCUCACCUAGAAUCAUAGAACUGCAGGGGCAGAAGGGAGAGAUUUCUUCUCCCACCUCCUUCCUGCAGAUACUGCCGCUGGUGGCAUUUGAACCCGGGCCUUUUCUGCCCGCCAAUCUGGUGCUCUGUUGCUCUGGUUAAAAAGCCUGCAGAAGUUGUCCGAGAGGACAAAAGGGAGAGGGCAAGGUCGUGGCGCCCUGUAAGGCAAUCUCCUGCAGAAAAUAGUUUAGGUCAAUGGGUUGGAGAGAGAGCAGGUUUUAAAUACAACUGACAUGUGGCCUUGGCCUCUGGAGUCGGGUGCCUGCGAUCGAUCGCGGAGCUCCGAGCCUGAAACCGCCCUGGUUUUGAAGAUUUAAUUCCCUGCAAAUUGAAAAAAGCAGGGAGGGGAAGCGUCCCAGAUGAUCAAAGCGCCAGCUCUGUGGGUGGAUUUCUUGACAAGCUUUUCAGUCUCUCCACUUUUGAUUCUCUGAGCGCAUGAAUGCUGUUCCGACACCCAGCCUGGGAGGGAGGAGGGUGGCGGUGGCAGCGCCUUAUGAAGCACGCACAGCUGAGCUAGCCUAACAAGGGGCCUAUUGGUCCUCUGUGAACAUCAGGAGAGCCCGCUGGAUCAGGCCAGUUGCCCAUCGAGUCCACCAUCCUGUUCUCACAGGGGCCAACCAGCUCCUCCAAUGGGAAACCCGCAAACAGGAUUCGAACACAAGAGCAACCCUCUCUCCUCCUGAGGUUUCCAGCAACUGAGAUUCAGAAGCAUCGCUGCCUCUGACAGUGGAGGCAGAGCCGAGCCAUUAUUCAGGACCUUAAGGUCCAUGUAUAACCAUAGUUGAGAGGUCCCGGGCCCUAAGGAAGUCAGACUAUCCUCCACCAGGGCCAGGGCCUUCUCAGUGAUGGCUCUGACCUGGUGCAAUGCUCUGUCCCAGGAGACCAGGGCCCUGUAGGAUUUAACCUCCUUCCGUCGGGCCUGUAAAACAGAACUAUUCCGCCUGGCCUUUAAUUUGAAUGCAGCCUGAUCUUUUAUUUCCCUUCCUUCCCUCCCUUCCCUUCCCUUUAUGAAGAUUACCCGCUCUGAGACCCCACAGCUAAUUCUCCCCUGGCCUCCUCACUGGCCCAAGUAGGACCAAUUCAGUCAGCUAGCCCUGGGGAUUAUCUAAUUGAUUUUUGAUUUUUGAUUUUUAUUGUUAUUCAUGUUUUUAUACUGUAUUUUAUGCUGCUUUUAUAAUUAAUUGUUUUAAAUUUGUUGUUAGCUGCCCUGAGCCUAGUUUUUGAACCGGGAAGGGUGGGGUAUAAAUAAAAUAAUAAUAAUCAUCAUCAUCAUCAUCAUCAUCAUCAUCAUCAUCAUCAUCAUCCUGGCUGGGAGCCCUUGGCAGCCUCCUUCUCCUCCAUGAAUUUCUCUAAUCCUCUUUUAAAGCCAUCUCGGUUGGCAGCCACCACUGUGUCCUGCAGCAGGGAGUUCCAGAGGCACUGUGUGAAGAAACAGGCAGUGAUGUCCACCAGCUUGGAUGGCGUUAAAAGAGGAUGCGAAAAAUUCAUAGAGGAGAGAAAGGUUCCUAACUCUCAGGGCUAGGUUCUCACUCCCCUGUCAGAGGCAGCAAAUUCUUCCGAAUGUCACUUGGUAGAAACCGCACAAGGCGAGGAUGUUGCUGUUGUGUUUGAAUCCAGCCUGUGGGUUUCCCAUAAUGGGCAUCCGGUUGGCCGCUGUGAGGAGAGGGUGUGUUCCGGUCUUCUCAUUGGGACUUUUCUGGGGGGUAAAUGGGGCCAGAGUGCCUCCGGGAUAGAGAGACAGAUUGAUCUAAUAGAUCUGAUGCGUACCACCUGAACUAACGCCAAAGUGAACCAAGCAAGCAUCCAGACCAGUGCCCAUCUUUACGGCCUAAUUUGACCAGCAGACCAGAAGUUCCCCAACGCUGCCAAUUAUUUAUUUGUUAUAUAACAUUUACACACCGCUGUAUAAAAACGGUUUACAAAAGGGGAGAAAACAUGGCGGAAAUGACUGGCAGAAUCCGAGACCAGGGAGAAGAGUCGGUGGAAGAAGAUUGGAAGAAAUUUAAGGACUAUCUACAGAAAUAUUGUAAAAUUAAUGAAUGUUAGAAUGAUGUUGGAUAGAAAUUAAGUGGUUUUCAGCUGUAAUACUAUAAGGGAAUAUGAAAAAUGGAUUAUUAAUAGGUAAAAAUUUAAUGUUACAAUACUUUAAGAUUAAGGACUAGGAUAAACAAAGAGGGUAAGGAUUUGCUGAACCAACAAACUGAACUGGAAUACAAAAAAGGGAGGCGUGAGGAGGUCCGGAAAUAAGCUAAUGAAAAAUAAGUAAUGGAAAGAUUGAGUUGUUUUUAGCCAUUUUUAUUUUUGUACUUUUUUCUUUUUUUGUUUUUGUUUUGUAACAUUUUGAAAAUCUUAAUAAAUAUCUUUAAAAAAACAAAAAACAGUAAAAUUAUCCAGUUGACCGUGAUAAUUUAAGACAUACUAAAGCUGCAAUUCCUACAUUGCAGGGGAUGGACUACAAUUCUGUGCAUCUGUAAAUAGUUUAAAAAUACAGGCGAUUGGAACUUGAAGCUCAUAUUCCCUUUAAUAAUGGUGACCUAGUUUUGAUGACCACAGCAAGGAUCUUGGCUGGAUUGUAGGAUUGGAAUUUGCCAUGAAAAAAACAGAGACAUAAAAACCACCCAACUUCCCCAACUGUAGAGAACAGACAAGAUCUAAUAUCCCUAUAAAGGUUGCAGCAGACGCAGAUUGUACAAUUCCUGUAACUCUUUGUGCUUAACGCUUAGAUUGCUACCAUUUCCCAUUGACAUGGGAUUAGGUGAAGAUGUUGCCCCUUCAUGGUGGAUGACAAUGGGAAAAACUGGGUCCAGCAACCUUUGAGCAGCAGACAUUCCCACCCCAUGUGGAGGAAUGUGCCUUUAGGCAGACACCCUCUCCAGCAGAAGGGUUAACUCUCUCUCUUUUAAAUUCAUUUUCAUUUAGACUUGAAACAAUAACAUUUCAAAAAAAACCACAACACGAUUAAUAUUGACUCCCCUUCUCCCCUUUCCAUGGUGCAUUUUAUUACUUCCUUUCCCAUUACAUAUUUUAAUUCUCCCUACAAGCGUGAGCUCUUGAAAGGCAUAAGGUCUUUCCGCUGCCAUCUUUUUUUAAAAAAAUAAUUUUUAUUGAUUUUAACAUAUAAAUUAUAAAAUGUACCACAAGACUUAUCACUUAUACAAUCUUUUUAGACUUCCAUCAGCACCUCUGAUGAUCCACCAUUUUAACCACUUCUUUUGCAUUUCUUAACUUUAUAUUGCCUUUACAUCUCUUAACAAAUCGUCCUUCCCCUUCUCCAUUUUUGCAAUACUUCCAAUAAUACUCCUCACAAAACUUCUUGCAAACCUAAAAACUUUGUCUGAUCUUCACAAAUACUUUUCAAAUAGUCUGUAAAUUUACUCCAGUCUUCGUGAAUUUCUGGUCCCACCGGUUUCGAAUCCUUCCUGUUAGUUUAUUUAGUUCUGCAUAGUCCAUUAACUUUCCGCUGCCAUCUUAUAGCAAACCAGUGAGGCUGAGGAUGCCCUUCUCUCCUCUUUCUGAACUUCUCCUCCUUUCUCUUUGCAGGCAUGGUGCAGAAACUUGACCAAAAGCUCCCGGUUGCCAAUGAGUACUUGCUCCUCUCUGGGGGUGUCCGGGAAGGCGUGGUGGAUCUGGACCUGGACGACCUGAACAUCUACGCCCGUGGCACCGACUACGACAUGGACUUCACCCUCCUGGUGCCGGCGCUGAAGCUCCACGACCGCAACCAGCCCGUCACCCUGGACAUGCGCCACUCGGCCCUGUGCCACUCGUGGCUGAGCCUGCGGCUCUUUGACGAGGGCACCAUCAGCAAGUGGAAGGACUGCUGCACCAUCGUGGACCACAUCAACGGGGCCACCAACUACUUCUUCUCCCCCACCAAGGUGGCCGACUGGUUCCACGACUCCAUCAGCGUGGUCCUGUCCGAGAUCCAGAAGAAGCCCCAGAGGGGGAUGCCCAGGGUGGAGAAGGUGGAGAAGAACGGGACCAUCAUCUCCAUCAUCCUGGGGGUGGGCAGCAGCCGCAUGCUCUACGACAUUGUCCCCGUCGUGUCCUUCAAAGGUUGGCCGGCCGUGGCCCAGAGCUGGCUGAUGGAGAACCACUUCUGGGACGGGAAGAUCACCGAGGAGGAGGUCAUCAGCGGGUUUUACCUGGUCCCCGCCUGCUCCUACAAAGGGCGGAAGGACAACGAGUGGAGGCUGUCUUUCGCCCGCAGCGAGGUCCAGCUGAAAAAGUGCAUCUCCGGCAGCCUCAUGCAGGCCUACCAGGCGUGCAAAGCCAUCAUCAUCAAGCUGCUCUCGCGCCCCAAGGCCAUCAGCCCCUACCACCUGCGCAGCAUGAUGCUCUGGGCCUGCGACCGGCUGCCCGCCAGCUACCUGGCGCAGGAGGACUACGCUGCCCACUUCCUGCUGGGCCUCAUUGACGACCUACAGCACUGCCUGGUGAACAAGAUGUGCCCCAACUACUUCAUCCCCCAGUGCAACAUGCUGGAGCACCUCUCCGAGGAGACGGCCAUGCUCCAUGCCCGCAAGCUCUCCUCGGUGCGCUCGGACCCGGCUGAGCACCUCCGGACUGCCAUCGAGCACGUCAAGGCCGCCAACCGGCUGACGCUGGAGCUCCAGCGGAGGGGCAGCACCACCAGCAUCCCCUCCCCGCAGUCGGAUGGCGGAGACCCCAGCCAGCCCGACGACCGGCUGGCCAAAAAGCUCCAGCAGCUGGUCACCGAGAACCCGGGCAAGUCCAUCUCCGUCUUCAUCAACCCGGACGAUGUCACGCGGCCGCACUUCCGGAUCGAUGACAAGUUCUUCUGAGGGACGGCUUCUCUCCCCACCCCACCCCAGUUUCAGACUUGAGCCUUGGCUCACCGCCACCCCAAGACCCUCUCCCUCCCACUCCCCUUUUUGGAAUCUUUUUUUAAAAAACAAACAUAUCCAGCUUAGAUUGGAUUCGCGGAGGACAAAAUACAGACUUCUUCCUGGUUCUGCAGGAUGGGGCAGUUUCUCACUGUUUCGUUUGCUGCUACUUUCCCCCUUUCUGGCCUGUGUGUUGCUUUUAAGGAAUACCUGAAGCCACACUUCCGGGGUUUCCCCCUCUUCCUCCUUUUUCUGCAACCUUCUUUUCCGUGUCAAUCUUCUGUUGCUUUUUUCUUCCCGGAGCUCCCUCCCUUGACUCCGAGGUCAUGAGUGUGAGGAGUUCCAGAAGGGGAUUUUUUUGGGUGGGUGGGUGGGGGUGUUGUGGCUUCCUUUCCAUUGCUGGGGGGGGGCGGUCCCAUUUUCAUUUGCUGCAUUUCUUCUUUUGCUCACCCAGAAGGACCGAGGCGGCUUUGCAAACAGUGACGAAACGUCCCAAAACGAUGGGGUGUUGCUUCCCACACACGGCCCGCCCCCCAAGUCACUUCUUCUUGAAUGUAAUAGCUCAGAUUUGGACUUCUCAUGGCAUAAGGAAAGGUGCCUCGGCCCACUUCCACGCGGGGGAAAGGAAAACGGUUCUGGAAUGUUAGUUUUUAGUGCGUGUAAUUAUUCAAAGCCUUAUUUAAAUGCUAUUAAAGAACGUACCAUUAUAAAUGUU